AUGAAGAAAACACCGCUGCCAUCUAGACCGACAAGUUUUUCGGGUCAAAACAAAAGAAAACAUGACAUUGUCAAGGUAGGUGUAGUAUACUGUUUCAAAAAGACUUCUUCUUUGUCUCAAAAUAUCAACUUCCAAAUUUUGAUCCUAAGCUGUUUAGAUACACUGUAUAAUGGGCUAUUGCAUUUAAUAUCCGUACCCUCCGGCUGAGGACUUACCUGUUCUUCUUACUCUUGAAGGUAAUUUCCGUAAAAUUGCAUUCACCCCUGAACACCCCUGAAGCGGCAGGGGUAUUUGCAGAACGCUGAAUGCCGAACGCCGAAUGACCCUGAAGUUUGGUGAUUAGGGUCAGGAAACUGAGUCAAUCAAGUUCCAGAUCAGUUUUCCCAGUGUAACGAAACUAAAUGGAACCUGUUUCACUCAUUUUCUUAACCCUAAUUAAUCACUGAACUUAGUGAUUAGGGUUAAGAAACUGGGUGAAUUAAGUUUCAGGUCUGUUUUCCCAGUUAAAUGACCCAAAAUGGAAUCUAAUUCACUAACUUUCCCAACCCCAUCACUAAACUCAGAGUUGUUCAGCAUUCUGCAUUUGGCAUUCAGUGUUCUGCAAAUUAAAAUAGCCCAGUCGUCCCUGAAGACCCUGAAGACUUCCAUAAAAUAUGGGUCUAGCCCAAAGAAUAUGGGAUUACCCUGAAAGAAUUUUGUUCUCAACUGAAGUCUUGUUCAUUUUUGUGCCAGCAGGUGUCAUAUCCAGCACCUAACAUGAUAAGUUUACAUCAUUGUUGAGAGGCCCUGGGGCCUGCUCCCCCUUUCACGGUUCUGCAUUUUAAGAAGAAAGUUGUCCCACACACUAGGGAGAUUUUACUUUCCCCCAUGUCUUUCAUCAUCUUUUCUAAUGUAAAUACAUUUAUGUAUCUCAAGUCCAGGAAUGCAGGAUCUCUGGGAAGUGCUACUCAAGAGUUGAGACAAGUUUCCUCCAGAAAUGCUAGUGUUUCUAGUGCACUGUCAUCUCCAGAGACAGAGACACAGACAGGUGUGAAGGAGAGACAGUUACAAAAAUGUCAUCUUGAGUUGCAAGUAAGGAAUACUUUCUUCUCACAGACCUGACAAGUUUAGUUUAAAUGAUACAUAUUGGAUCUGAUCUCGUUUAAACCUGUCUGCAGCAUGCACAGGGAAUACUCCCCUUGAAUUUUCUAGUGUAUAAAACAAAAGUGACUAUUCCUGAUAAAUUACGUGGUAUGCCAAUCAAAACCAUUUAGUAAAAUAAUGUUCAAGUAAAAUUAAUGUUAGUAAAUCAACUUUAUUUCUUAAGUGUUGCACAGAAACCUUGAGAAUCCAGAGAGCCGAAACUCUUGAAGCAGGGUGAAAUAAUUUUAUCUACAUUUAAGCAUCAAGAUUGACACCAUGUGACAGAGUUUUAAGCUGACAAACAGCAUAUACAGGAUGUCCCAAAAGUCCGUUCCUCCUAUUUACAUGCCACAUAACUUUUGAUCGAAACUACACUUCUGCAUGAAAUUUCCUAAGAUGUUUGUAGUGAUCCCAAGAGUAAUAAACUAUCCAAACAAACAGAUUUAACUCAACCAAUUUCAUUGCAAACGUAACAUGGCCGCCACUAUCAAAAGCACAUGGUUUUUCCUAUCCCAGCAUACUUAGCAGCCUAAUACAUUGCAUCUCUCCUUUCCUCAGAAAAAUGCUCCUUUACAUGAAAAAAGAAAUCUCCACUAAUAAUAAAGUCAACUAUACAAACGAUAAAGUGUCCUCUUCUAAAAUACGCAAACAGAAACUUAAAUGUUCAAACUGUAUAUAGUUCUGAAGGGAGAAUCAGUGUUCAUUUUCCCCAAAGAAAAUUAGCAACAAAGUCUCUUAAUCUCUCUGGCAAUCUCCUUGUCCUCUGGGGUCUCAAGUUCCUUGAUGGCUCUGGUGCUGCUCCAACAUUCUCCUGCAGAUCAGGGCACUCCCCUCUAUCCAGCAGCCCAGCAUUCGAUUCUGGUACGGUUGGUUUGUAAGGUGAUGGCACAGGGUCUAAUUCCUUCUGAGGUGUGAGGGGUGUUGACACAGAGUCUGACCCUUGUUGGGGUGUGGGAUCUCCCUCUCUAAUGUAUUGCUUCACAUGACUUGUGUUUCUGGAGUACUGGUUCCCUGUUGGACUCUCUACUACGAGGCUGUUUCCGGUCUUGCUGAUGACCUUACAGGGGUUUGGGUUGAAUGCUGUGCUGAGUUUGUUAGUCUUGUCUUGUUGGACAAGAACUUCAUCACCCAGUUCAAUGCUGGAGGGACUGGCCCUGUGGUGUAUGUCUGCAUAAGCUUUACUCUUAGCUUUCUGUUCAGCAUCGUGAUCAUGUACUUCAUGGUCAUAAGCAGGGAUCUUCCCCUUGACUUUUCGGUUAAACAGUAGCUCAGUGGGACUCUUUCCAGUCGUAUUAUGGGGAAUGCUUUUAUAGGCAGUGAGUUACUUCCUUAAUUCUGCUCUCCAUGGUUUGUUCUCUGUCUGAGGAAUUUGUAGUCAUUUCAGCAGUGACCAAUUCUGUCUCUCGACCUCUCCGUUGGCUUGGGCCCACUUGGCAGUAACUUUCUGAUGUAUAAUACUAUGCUGUGCACAAUAUUUUCUAAAUUCAUUCGACUUAAAUUGUGGACCAUUGUCUGACUUGAUGGUAAUUGGCAGCCCAUGUCUGCAGAAGGUAUCAGCCAGACGGUCUAUGAUCUUUUCAUUGGUAGUGGACUGCAUAACCUCGACUUCGUAAAAUCGGCUGUAGUAAUCAACAAUGACUAAUAGUGAAUGUCCGGAUGGUAGUGGUCCCAUUAAAUCUACUGCUAAGUCUUGCCAGGGUCCAUCGGGUAAUGAGGUGGAUCGAAUAGGUUCAGGGAGAACUGGCCGUGCCACUGGCUGACACCCAUGGCAUGCUCGGCAAUGUCUCUCAGUCGCUUUACCCAUCCCUGGCCACCACACCUUGGUUCUGAGGUUCUGUUUGGUGCCAACCACACCCAUUGUGGCCUUCAUGAGCAAGUGCUAAGGUCCUAGACUGCAGCUUACUAGGAAUAAUAAUGCAUAUAUGGCUAAGCACAAGCUGACCAAUGACACACAUCUCCCCCGCCACUGUCAUAUACUUUUCAAACUGCCCCGUUGCAAUAGCUUUACUCACUUCUUUCAACUCUUCAUCAUCAGCAGAGGCCUCUUCUUUCUCACGGGUUGUGAGUGCUGUUGGUGUUGCACUUACAGCAACAAACCUAACAUACUCUUCAGUACACCGCUGGUGGUUGUCAGGUUCAACCCUCCUAUGAAGUAGUCACGACAAUGGAUCAGCAAUGUUCUGGCGCCCAGGCCUGUGUAUCACACUGAAAUCAUAUGGCUGUAAUCUGAGAACCCAUCACUCUAUCCGUGCACAUGGUCUUGACCGUGGACCAUAUAUGACCUCUAAAGGCUUGUGGUCGGUCUCUACAACAAACUUCAUCGCAUACACAUAGACAUUGUAUCUCUCACACGCCCACACUUCUCUGUCUGGGAAUAUCUCUGCUCACAUCCGGUCAAACUAUGACUCGCAUAACAUACCACUGUCCUGCUCCUGUACGAGAACAGCACCCAGCCCAACUGGAGUGGCAUCCAUGAUUAUCUUGGUGGGUGCAUUCUUAUCGAAAUAUGCCAAAGUACAAGCUUCUGCCAUCUUCUGUUUGAGACAUUCAAAGGACUUCUUCUGCUCCGGUCCAAAUUCCUUGUCAGCCUUCGCAGUGGUUCGGAUAAAGUGGCAAAGUGAGGUAUGAACCGGCUAGUGUAGUUGGCUAAACCCAGAAAGCUACGUACAUCUGACGCACUCUUUGGUUCUUCCACCUCUAAUACUGCUUUAACACGAUCUGCUGUAGGACCAAUGCCUUUCUCUGAAAGCAGCAUACCCAUGAACACCACCCUGUCCAUAUUGAACAAACAUUUUUCUCAGCAUUUAAAGUGAGACCGCACUCUUGCAGAUGCUCUAUGGGUUUGGUGGAGUCACCUGUUGUGUGUUUCUGUGUCAGCACCAUGCACCACAAUGUCAUCCGAAAUGUUUUAGACACCUUCGAUACUGGCCAGGGCUGAAGCAAAUUCAUGCUGAUAUUGUUCACUGGCAGAACAGACACCAAAGAGCAAGCGCUUAUAUCGAAUGAAACCAUCAGGUGUAGCAAAGGUUGUGAUUUCCGUGUUUUCUGGGCUCAACUCCAACUGUUGGUACCCCCAUUUAAGGUCUAAUUUACUGAAGACUUAGAACCAUUCAUGGUAUGUAACACCUCGUCAACUGUGGGAAUUGGAUAUCGUCUUCGCAUGAUUGCUUGGUUUGCCUGUCUCAUGUCCACACAUAGGCAGAUUUCGCCGUUGUUCUUUGGGACGAUCACCACAGAGUUGACCCAGGGGGCUUGACCCUCCACUGGUUCAAUUAUUCCCAUGUCCAACAGUUCUGUAGUCUUAUCUCGGAUGUUUCCUCUCAGAUUAAAUGGUAUCCUUCUAUAAGGCAGUGCAAUAGGUUUUACGGUGGGGUCUAUAUCCAGGGAUAUCUGUUUGUUUUUCAGUUUUCCGACACCCUCAAAUUAAAUACCUCUGGGUACUGCUGUUUUAAACUGUCAGCUUUACUUGUUACCAUAGCAAUGUUAAUGGCAACUUUUAACACUUCCAGUUCUGUGGCUGUUAUCUCUCCAAGCAGUGACAUCCCUCUACCUUUAUUUACCAAGACUUCAGCUUUGGUGGAUCUAUCACAAACACUCACUGUGCACUUAAACCUACCCUUUUAAUAUUGGCAGUGGCUGACUAGACGCAUAUGGGUACAGCUUCUUGUCUGGGGUAGCAGCUUGUGAUUCACAUUUCAUUCCCUUCACCUUUAACUGUUCCCACGUCCCCUUGUCAAUAAUGUUGCUGUUUGCCCCACUCCUCCUACUUGUACGGUGUCCAUUUCUGAGUGUUCUCCUUCUGUAAUACUGAAUGCAUAGUCAUGCUGGGGCCCAGGGUCAUUGUCAUCGGGUUCCCUCCCAACCUGACAAGCGUAUGACUUUGUCUUGCAAACUUUUUCAAAAUGAUCUUUCCCGCGACAUUUUCUACAUGUUUUGCCUCUUGCUGGGCAUUGGGGAUCAUGACCUAAAUGUCCCAAUAAACCACAUCUAUAACAUAUCUUAUCUCUCCCUUGUGUGCUAGUACUCGGAUUGUUACUUCUCUCGUUGAUUCUAUUGAUACUUUCUGAUUCUUCCCCCUUUACUGAAAGGGCAGCCAGUUGGGUUUCUAUCUUUUUGCAUUUUGCGGCAACCUCUAGGGUGCGUGUUAAGUUCAGUCCUUAACCUUCUUCAAUCAAUUUUCGUUUGAUGUAAGUGGAAGUGCACUUAUUCAAAACUGCAUCUUCUAUCUGGUUGUCGGUAUCAGUGCCAAAAUCACAAUCUUAAGCUGCUUUCCUUAAGCGAGUGACAAACUGUUGAACUGUCUCACAUGGGUUUUGCGUGAUCCUAUGAAAGGUCUGGCCGGUGAAUGUUGAAUUUACCUGUGGCACGAAAUAGGCGUUGAGAGCUUCAACAGCACUGGCAUAAUUUGUAGCAUCCCCUGUUUCAGUUAAGGUGGUAAAUAUCUACUGUACAUCAGGCCCAGCCAGGUGGAGUAACAUUGCUUGUCGCCACUGUUUUAAGUUGCUGCUGUGGCUCCUUCACUUAUAAUAAGCCCUUUCCCGUCCGCGUACAGUUCAAAUGAAGUUAACCACCUCUUCCAUUGGGGGCUAAUUGUCGCUGGAUCAGAGAAACAAUCAAACUUCAGUAACACGUUCUUUUCCAUUUUUUGACCUCGUCGCCAAUGUAGUGAUCCCAAGAGUAAUAAAGUAUCCAAACAAACAGAUUUAACUCUAACCAAUUUCAUUGCAAAUGUAACAUGGCCGCCGCUAUCAAAAGCACAUGGUUUUUCCUAUCCCAGCAUGCUUAGCAGCCUAAUACAUUACACUUCAUUGCUUUACUGAGUACAUAUAUUCAGAAAGUCGAAAUCCGGCAUGCCCUCCUUUGUUUGUUGUCACGUUCCAAAGCCGCUGUGGCAUGGAGUAGGAUGAGUCAUGUAGCGGCUUAAGCUUAGCUUGUUUGAGCCGUUUUUUCAGAUCCUUCAUGGUUUUAAGAGUUGGAUCUUUAUAGACAACUUCAUCCAUUAUGCUCUAAAGAUUCUCCACAGGGUUGAUAUCUGGGGAAUUUGGGGGCCAGUAUGUUUUCUCUGUAAAAAUUGGCAGGUUUCUUUUGCACCAUGCCUGGGUGGCCUUGGCUGCAUGUGCUAGCAGCCCAUCUUGGACGAACAUCAUUUGGCAAUUGGAACUGAACAAUUUUCGCCUGUUUGUUGCUUAAUUCACAGUUUUACCGUGAAGGACAGGCUUCACUUCUUUCUCUAAUAUGUUGUCGAUGUAGUAAUUGUCAGUCAAAGUCUGUCCUUGAGGUAAAAAAUGUAUCCCAGUGAGACUGCGGCCUGUCAUUCUGCCCCAUAUGAUCCAUUUUUAACCUGAUAUGCUAGAGGAACUUGGCUCUCCUGAGAACCCCAAACAAUAUAAUUUUUUGGAUUGGGCAGCUGAGACAAAUAUUUCGGACAUACAUGCGAAAAAAGAAAAUCAUCCCAUUCUUCCACAGUGAGGUUUUUGUACUGCUUAGCAAAUUUCAGUCGAGCUGCACACUGCUUGGCUGUGAGCAGAGGUUUCUUUUGCCUUCUCAGCGGUCUCCAACCUUUGCUUUUCAUAAACCUCCAGAUGGUGUUUUUUCCCCCAUCAUAGCCUUUGCUUGCUAAUUGUUGUGAAAGCUGUCAGGUCGAGUUUCCCCUUUUGUACUUAGCAUUUGUUCAGAAUUGUUUUAGCUGCCUCAUUAAGGAUUUUCGGUCUUCCCGUUCUGUUCUUGUCUUCAAACCUGUCAUUUCUUGACGACCAUUUCACUACCCAAAGUUCAGAUUUUUUCAGCUUUUUGGAAAUUUCUUUAACUGACAAGCCAGUAGAUCUAAGUAUAGAUGCUGAGCUUUUUAGCAUUAACAGGGUGCAUCUUUCAUGAUAUUCACAAAACCGAGGAAAGAUUGUGAGCAAUUCAGGACACAAAAUACAACAAAUAUUUGGCAGGAAAACAUAAAUGCACAUGCAUACCUUUGGCGGAAAAAUGCAAAAAUUGAAUCUCCCAAUAGAAAGACGGUGCAAAAAAUAUAUGGUACUUUAUCAGAAAUAAACAACUUUUGCAUAAAUGAUUUGUUUCAUGAGUACAAUCAUAAGUUACACUACAGACUUGCAAAGUAGAGGAACGAACUUUUGGGACACCCUGUAUUUUUCAAGGGCGCUGCUGUUCCAGGUUAACAUCAAAUCAGGUUUAAUUUUUCCAACCUAGCUACAUGUAUAGGUUUAUGCUCAUUUCUCGUAGCCCUAAUUAUUCAUAAACCAAAGGAAAUUGACAAUUAACCAAGAUUAAACAAAUUUAACUUAAAUUUCAUUUCGACCCAUAUCAAUUUUAGCUGCUAUAAUGUGUGUAUACUUACAUGUAUAUGUUGUAGGUUUAAAAAUUAAAAAUCCAUUCUCAAAGCCAGUUUGAUUCAGGAUUUCCCAUUUUUGUAUCCUGCCAAACAAGAUAAAUGAAAUCCUGGUUUAACCUGAGAACAGAUUUUACAUACAUGAACUUACAAAUAUCUACUUCAGGUAAGUGUGUGCAUAUUUUGCAACAAAUCUGUUAUAAAAAUUAAUCAUCUCAUAAAGUGGAUUAAUCCUUUCACUAAAAUAACCUGAUAGGGUCAUUUUAUUUUUUAACUUCUUAAUUUUAUUGAUUAAUUAUAUGAACACAAGUAUAUUUAUUUAAUCACAUUAUUUUACAUAAUUUGCACCUGAUUUAAUUUGGCUUCCUUUAUUAUAUGCAGCAAUUAAAGAGAGAAAACAGCGAACUUAAAGCAGAACUUCUAUUCAUCAGGUAAGCAAGUAAACAUCAGCUAGUCAUUACCAGAAGUUGCUAAUGAUGGGCCUUUAAUGAAAUUAAGGCACCCUCCUCCUUUCUAGGUACUAGAUAUUCAAUUUGAUGUCCAGUUGCUAUGCCUUUAAGGCCCUGUCCACACGUAUCCGGAGAUUUUUGUAUCCGCAAAUUUUUUUUUUGCAGAUAUAAAAUUAUCUGCGUCUACACGUAGACAACCGUCCACACGUAUCCGAUUUGUAUCCUGACAUCUCAAAGGAUUAGUCAACAGAGCAUGCGCAUUAAGACUGGUUCUGAUACUGUGACGUCAGCGUAUACAAAAAUAUACGGAUAAGAGCGUCCACACGUAUCCGGAUACACAGCGUAUACAGAAAUUUCCACUCUGGGGAGCGUAUACAGAAAUCUCCGGAUACACCGAGCGUAUACGGCGGACACGUGUGGACGCUAGGUGUAUCCGCAUAAAAAAUUUGCGGAUACAAAAAUCUCCGGAUACGUGUGGACGCGGCCUAAGAGUCAAUUCUAAAUCUGAGAUCUCAUGACUCUAAAGGAAUGCCCUGACUCACAGUGUGCACUAUGUUGGAGUGUGGACCCAUGGCAGAAUUGAAUCUGCAAGGCUAAUAUUGAAUUCCUAAAUGCUCAGGUUGUGAAAUGCUGAAGACUUCAAUUGGCAAGGCUAAAAUAGUCUUCAUAGCCAAUAACAUCACAGCUUAUCUGGCAGACAACCAAUAACAGCACAACUUAAUUGGCCAGUCAGGUCAAUAACCAGAGUUAAAUACCAUCAACUGACGUGACUCUGAUGAUGACUACCGCAUCAGUCACUGUCAACAACAACAGUCCUAUUCAGGUCUAUGUUCACCCGGCAGACAAUCACACUCAAUGUAUAUAAGAAUGAUAUGUUAACUUGAUGGUUCACUUAUUUUACCUAGGUCUCUAUACAAACAGCUAGUAGAAGAGACUCCUUUGGAAAAAUUUGAUGAAAGGAGGGUAAACUUACUUAAGUCACAAGUUAUUCAACUUGAAAGACAGGUAAGAAACAACACAAUGUUUGAAAAUUGUAAGUCAUGCAUUUUCUCUUGUUUUUGGAUCUCCAUUUUUUAUUUUCUUGUUGUAGACUUUCUAAGUCUCAUGACUUUGUUGUGAUUCUCACGCUUUCACGAGUUGACGGCUGAUUUUGGAGUUGCAGGGUUCGUUUCCAAGUUAGAUAUCAAUACAUAGCCAGCCCAAUUUAAAAGAAAACGCUUAACGGUCAUAUUUGAUUACAUUCUUUUAUCCUACCACGACUUGCCACCUGUUUCAAGAUGGCGGCCAACAACACAUGAAUUACAAAAUCUAAAUCGUAAAUUUGAUCGUGAUGUUUACUGCUGCAGCUUCAAAGUGAUAUGUGACUUCCAGUACCCAUAAUCCCUGGUGUAAGUCCUUCCAAUAGGAAAUUUGGGACCUCUCUUGACCUUUUAUGCAUUUUUGACUGCUUUUCGCAGCUCUAGGUUUAGAGUCUCACACUUUUGCCUUUUGCAGGGGGUUGGCAAGUCUGUUGUUGACUUCAUACCGUAGAGUAGCCAAUGAUAGUUCUGAACCCAUUUUCCUUUCCCACAAAGCAGUGCAGCUUGUAACCUCAGAGUUUGGGGACUUGUGGAGAAAGAGGCUGUCAAUAUAGCUAUCUUAUUACACGAAAUUUUAGCAACGCUUUGAUUUAGUGAAUUUAGCAAUUUUUUAAUAAUGGAUAAAUCAUAAAUUAAAAGUCACCAAAAUUAAUUAUCGUUAAAUUUAAAUCGUCGCUAAAUUAAAGUGAGUGCAAUAUGAAAUGCUGCCAUCUGGUCAGUUUUACCCACAUAUGCUAUCUGACAGUCGAUUCAGAUUAUACAUACAUACCUUAUAGUUUCCUCCUCAAAGGGACUUUUCAGGGACAAUCAUAAAAUAUGUACAAGCAUUACAUUUAACUAUUUACAACACUCAACUUAGUAAUAAAUAAUGCUUGACUAACUACUGAUUACAAUACUUUUAAACUUAACUAAGAAGCAUUCACAAAUCUAGAAGCUGGUUCCUUAAGAGACAUGUAAAAAAUUAAUGUGAACAUAUAUUGGUAUAAUUUAAGAGAAUUAAGGUUCUAAAUUGUUCCAAAGCUUAAUAGUCCUGUAAUAAAAAGUUCUCUGUCUGUCUGGGUAAUAAAUUGGGAUAUAAGAUAGAUGUAUUCAGGGGCUUGACUGGUCAUGCAUUUAAAGGCCGUAAUAGCUAUAGCCAUUAUAGUUGGUCCUUAACAGGCAACCAAGACAGGCUUUUUCAUUUUUCUGGACCACUGAUGAUUCGACAAGCAAAGUUUUGAGCAGCCUGCAGUUUUCUUAUGUUCUUAUUUAUAAUAUUUGCUCAAUUAUUCGAGCAGUAGUACAUUUUGCUGAAAACUACGGCAUUUAUUACAAGUCAUGUAAACCAACAUUUUCAAAUUUGACCAGGAAUCAUGUAGACGAAGAACCACUAUGUGGAUGUGCUACCUCCAAAUCCUUUUUACUUUAUUUUAUUAUUUAACAGUUAUGUAUUUUUGUCUAAACAGUGUUUCACAUCAUGGUUAAUUUGCGCUAGAUGUGCGAUACAUUCUGACAUUCUGACACUGUGGUCGUAAUGUCAGUAUCAAAAUUAUCUAAAAGAAGGCAGGCAGUUAAUAAUAAUAAGCAAUUAUUGCUUAUCAUCAAUUCCUUUGAGAAGUGCAUCAGUUGUAUAGGAAUUAAAGAUGUUUCGGUAGAGAACCAUUAUUUGUUGCUGCUUUGUUUUCUGGUAAGCCUUUCCUUGGUUGUCAAAUAGGUGACAAUAUACCUGCCAACUCUCACGCCUUAGGCGUGAGUCUCACGCCUGCGGGUUGAAAACUUCGAUCUCACACCGGCUCACGCCUGCGGGCCAAUUUCUCACGCCUGAUUGAAAAAUGUGAGUUGUUGCCGUCCUGCUUGACACAAUUUCCAAAAAUAUGUUCACUCAGACCCAUGUAAGGAACGAAAACCAUGUGUAAAAUGAAUAAAUGGCAAUACCUUCCUCGCAAUCUCUGAUUUUUGAAGUGAAAAGCACUGGGAGCGAGCUCGCCUUUGGCAGACUUCGGCAGACUUUGGACGUCUUCGGAAGACUUCCGACUUCUUCGGGAAUCUUCGGAAAUGAUCGUGUCGUCUUCAAAAAUCCCAGCACUUCCAGGAUAAAAAUCUCACACUUAUAUCUCAGAAAAAGUUGGUAGGUAUAUGACAAACUGAUUAUAAGCUACUCUAGAUCACAAACCAUUGGCAAUGCAGGUAACAGGGAAAUUGGUCUGUUAUUGUUAGGAAGUUCGUGGUUGCCUUGUUUGGGUAUAGGUGCAGCAAUUUUCCGGACCUCUUGGAAUGUUGAUUAUGAUGUGUAUGCAUCGUUGACUUUGUGUGACAAUAUACCUUAAAUACGAGUGAGGACAGCAGAUAUGACAUUACAGUUUCAUUUUCAUUUGCUUCAUUCAAAAUUCAGAAUUAUGUCAUAUGAUUUUGAUUUAAAUGAAGCUAUGGACAUUUUAUGAUUUUGCCACAAAAAUGAUCUUGACUGUUGUCAUUUUAAAAGUUUUGAAUUCCCUAAUUCACCAAAGUUUCAGUGGUGAAAACACAAAAAUUAAGUGACCUAUUUUCAAAAAUUUAAGAUAAAUCGCUAAAUUAAAGUGCCACUAAUUAAGGAUUUUUCAAAAUCGCGAAAUUAACGUGUUGCCAAAAUUUUAUGUAAUAAGGUGCCCCUAUAGCAGUAACAGACCCCCACCCAAUAAUCAAUAAUAUAUUAAAAAAGUAAUAAAUGCCAUUUCUGCUAUUUUCUGUUUUUGUCAUUUAUCAUUGUAGACUUCAAUUUUGGGUUUAAAAGAUGCUGAUAUUCAUGAUUGUUUUUAUAAGCUUUUUUUUUUAAUCUUGCAGGUGUUUAAUAUAAAAUAUCUUUGAUUUUCCUGUAUUUCAUAGGUUCUCCUUCAAUCUAGUGCACUGCAAGCAAGACAACAUAUUUUUUUAGAAGUUGAAAAUAAACUUUUAAACUUGAGAGAAACUGUUCAGUAAGUAAGAUGAGUUAAUAAAGUGAUCAUGCUAGUAAUGUAAUGCCCAUUGGUUGCUUUGCAAAAAAUGUUGAGGACUUUAGUGUUCACUUAUCUGCUUAAUAUUGGGUUGCUUUAACAUUUCAAUAAUAUAUUACCUCCUGACUUUAAUCAUAGCCCAACUUGUUAUCCCGUGAUUGUGAUGUUUAAAAGAAAUAAUAUUUUAGGAUCAUCAUAAUAAUUAAAAACUAAAUCAUAAAUAAUUUGUUUUAGUUAUAUAUGUCCUGUGUAUGUUUGCAGCAAUGUAACAUUCUAAAAAUAAUGCCUGCCUUAAUAAUUUGAUACAAUGGUUCCACCUUAGUCAAAAACAACUUUGCAUUUUUAGGGGGGUGGAGGUGGGAGCAUUAUUUUGGGUCAAUUAUUUAAAAAAAUUAUCCAGUUUACUGGUAGAUUGGAUCAGGGUGCAAAGAAAGUCAGUUUUACAGCCUGCCAUCCGGGCAAGCUGUAGCUAGCAUGUACUAGCCCACAAGUCAUUUCAACUAGCCCCAAAACCCUUUUUGAUUAGCAGGAUUGAUUACAAUCCUUCUGUAAUUUGAAUUUCCCCAAAAAACAGCUCUCUGCCAUCGGGCAAGUUAAGAACAAAAAUCACUAGCCCAAUAGGAAAAAUCCACUAGCCCUGGGCUAUCGGACAUGACUUUCUUUGCACCCUGGAUUGGAUUUAGGUGAGGAAAGAAACUUAUUGAAAAUUAUUUCAUAUUUUAAAAAAUGCUUGAUUUGUAGGGGACUCUAUCCAUCAGACAGUUCUUCCAAUUAUAUGACUGUAUCACGUGAAUAUGUGCAAAAGUUGGAAUACAGGAUUGAGGAGUUAAGGAUCGACUUGUACAAAAACAAGGAGGUAUCAUGCUAAUUUUCAUUUCACUUUACUUCUUUUCAAUACUUUUAAUUCUUAUUUCUUUUAGUCAUUUUACAAAUUACUGAAUUUUUAUUUUAUCGUGGCAUGUUUUUUUUGCAGAAUACUGACUGUGAUGAUCUUUGCUUGCCUGCCUUGUACAUGGGUGAUUUUUUGAAACAAUCAAAAGAUAGUGCUAAUGAAGCGGUGACUCUGCUGGACUGUUGUAGCGGGAAGGUGGAUCAUCUUAAUUUAAAGCAUGUGGUAGGAUAUUGAUAAGUCUUGAUUUGGUGUUUUAUAAUGGCCACCUCUUUACAAUGGCCUCAGCUCUCUCUCACCUCAAACUUCUCAAAUCUUUUUGUCCUGGCAGACAGACCCACCAUAUGGUCGCUCUUGUUUUAACCUUCCUUUGAAGUGGAGAUUGAUGUCAACCUCAUGAGAUUUCAAAUAUGGAGACUAUUUUUUCGCCUUCCCCUGGCAACCACCCCCCCUCUACCAAUAUUAGCCCACCCCCCUUGCUGUAAACACAGAAAAUUAGGGGUGAGGCUCAACAGUCAUUUACAUGUACCUCUUAUGAUAAAAAAUGCCUCCUGAAACCAUACUAUGAGCUUUAAAAUCAAAUGAAUUUUGAAUUUUGGCGAAAUUUGUCUAAAUUCCUUCUGAGGCCAAAAGAAAAGAAACUCAAGGGGUAAAUUUUUGUGGGAGAUUUGGUGACCGGAACAGGAAACCGGGGGAUUUAUGCAGUAUCCAUGGGUCUCCCCAUCAUCCGAGAGAGUUGGAACGUAUGUCGGGGCUACUUUUUCAUAAUGGCAAGGGCCCAUGUUACAGGGAGGGAGGGUGGCCGAGUGGUUAGAGCACUGGACUUGCAGUUCACAAGUCCAGUCAUGACAGCUAACCAGAUUUGUUUUUGGUGUUCAUGAGCUAUCUUGUAUUUAGUAAAAUCCAACUAGUGGUCUAUUAUCAAUGCUGCAUUCUGAUUGGUUGAGCUACUACUAGGCUAUAUGUUAUAGCCCACUAGUAACGAAAAGCACCCCUUUGAUGGUAAAAAAGGAUUGAAGUCUAGCUUUAACUAGCUAAAGUUGUUUUGUCUUGAUAUUUUUGACCAACUAGUUGGAUUUUGCUAAAACAAUUUUUCCUCUCACCCUCAUGGCCUCUGAGUCAACAGCCCGUUUGGCCUUCAGCCUCAUGGGCUAUUGACUCAGAGUCCAUUUGGGCUCGAGGAAUAAUUGUUAAGUAGCCAGCUGAUUUGCCUCAAUUGGAUUAAGAGUCGUAAUCCUUAAUCCUAUUAAGUUUGUUUUAAAUUACAGUCAAACCUCAUUAAUACGGACACUGAGUGGGCCACAAUUUAAGGUAUUGAUCAUGAAUCUACCAUGUUUCUAACUUAUCCAACUUUCAUUUUAGUCCAGACUUGAAUCUAAGCUCUGUAAACUGUACAAGAACAUGGUUUGCCUGAUGGAGUCUCUUCAAAACCAUUGCUCUCCGACAUCAGUUGUCUUAAAAAGUGAACACGUAGCACAGCCAAUCCGAGAAAGGCUAGCAGGUCAUGUGACAGCAGUAAGCGAUAUGUUACGAGACUGUUGUGAAGACCUGUUGUGUCUGUCAAUACUUUAUCCUGCAGCACCUUGGGUAUGUUUAACGUUUUGAACACUACCUUAAAUAGUGUACGAAAAGAAAAAUUAAUGUGAGAAAAAUCCCACUUUCGGUUUUGUAAGGCAAGCUUCUUUUUGCAAAUUGUACCAUGUGAAAGGGUUUUAAAGAGGUUCAAUUUGAGUGUUCAUUGUGUAGGAUUUUGUCCACAGACUUAAAAGUUUGAAUUUCAUACAAAACAAAACAGUACCAUGCCAGCCUCCUCCUCAGGCGCUUCGUUUUUCGCAUGGCAGAGGCGAGCGCAAAACGCGAGUGACUGGUGAUGAACUGCAAGAGACCAUGGGAAGGGUACAGACUGCGCGCACAUCGAAAGAGAGACGUCUGGGUACGAGCAUGUACCAUGCGAAGGUAUUCCUGAAGAGGUUUCAUUUUAAUGGUCAUAUCGCAGGAUUUCAUCCAUAGGCUCAAAGUUAAGAAGAUUUGAUCUAAAAAAUAUAGCGAAUUGAGUUUGACUUUGAGAGUGGGUUAAAAUAGUAUGGGUUUCUUACCCUCCAGGAGGAAAAUAAGGCUAAAAAAAUCACUGUAAUUUUUACCAUUGCAUUUUAUAAUUAAUGAUAUCAUAGUAAGCAAGGAAAUUUACUGUGUGGAGAUGUUUUAGAUGUUUUGAUUUGCGAUCAAAAUAUGUAAAAUGCAGGCCUGUUUUUCCUCGCUGGUAGUCCUGUGGCCCAGGAGGAUAUUGAAGGCCUCACAAAGUUAGGUGCGCUCCCAAAAAGUUUUUUAAGGGGAGGCUGUGCCGCGAGGUCCAACCCCUUACCCAAAUUAAAUUAAAAUAAAAUUCCUAAAACAGGAAGCCUUCUUGUCAUUUUCAUGUAAGGUAAUGAAAAAUGAAUGCAAAUGCAGGGUUUGAGCCAGGCCGCGCCAUUGCGCCAAUCCCGCACUGCAAUUGGAAUUGUCCCUUUAAAAAACGGCCAAGGGGACAAUUUGUCCCCUUCCAAAUUUAGGGAAAAAACUCGAAAGGAAGCACACACGAAGAGAUUUAUUUCGGUACAGAAGUUGCAAGCUGAAACAGAACGUGGAAAGCAUAUUUUAUCGCACCUUUAAAGUUCAUUCCAAAGUUACGUUUCAGUCACGCUCUACUGCUAUUUUUUUCGGAAAUCUAAAACAGGGCUUCUGAUUUUUCGCGCGGUCGCGGAACCGCGAAAUUCGGUAGAAAUCUUAUCAAAUACAUGUCUGUACAACAUAUUUGAAACUUAUUUCAGCUAUAGGGGCUAUUUACUUGCCGUAAACUUGCAAAUUUAUCUUGGAACUUCGUCACUGAAACGUGAAACAGAUUAUGUUGCGAAAAACAGGGCACUAGCCAUCAUGUUAAAGGCUUUGCCAUUGGUUCAUUUCUGGAGCGUAUUGUUGUUGAACGAGCAAAUGAUGACCUCUGUUAGAAAAACGUUAAAAAGGCUGGUCUGAUCAGCGCAAAACCGAUCGAUUACUAGCGAAAUCGGCCGUUUUUUACCGAUUGCUUUUCGGUGAAUUUUGCCCCGAAAACUCCCACGAAAUCGGCCGAUUUUUCCGCGAAUUUGUCCCUAAAAAUCCCGCGAAAUUUGACUUUUCCGUCCGAGACCUAUCAGAAGCCCUGCUAAGAAGGUAGGGUGUACAAAUUUCUGUCCCCCUAAAAAUGAAAAUGUCCCCCAAAAUUUUAGCCAAGGGGACAAAUUGUCCCCCAGUGAUCAAAUCCUAGCUCAAACCCUGCAAAUGAUUAAGCCAUAAGACGCGUAUAUGUGAAACAUUUUAAUCAAAGGACCUGUACAUACUUAAAUGAUAGUUUUCCCUACCCUUUCAUAUACUUCAACUCAUGAAUUCCAGAAUUCCUACCCUUCGAUAUGACUGAAGCCUGAAAAUGGUGUCCUUUUCGGCGGAGCCUCUCUGUAUAGGCCAUUGUAGGGAAUGCUCCCCCACCAGAUCCUGUGUAGUCACAUUUAAUGUGCUUGACUUGUUUUUAAUAUCCUCCAGCCCCCUCUGAAGAAGGUUAUCCGCGAGGACUUGACAGAGGAAAAUGUUAUGUCACACAUGCCAGAUUUGAGCAGAAAAAAACUGCAAGAGGUAAUGAGGACAUCUGAAAGUGUGAACAUUCAAUUUCAAGCUGCGAAUAACAUUUUAAUUAAAGCUUCCUACAUUCGCUGUCUUUGAACACUAUUGAUAAAACUAAAAAGUUUUAUUCGAAUCAGCAAUUAACCCAUUCGCCCCGAAACCGCACAUAACCGCAUGUGCGGAGCUACGUCCUUUGAAGCGUUUAUGGCUUUGUCGCAGUUUUAACGGUCAAGAAAACCCUUUUCCCUUCUCCCUGACCCGACUGAAGAGACCAUACCAGAAAGUCAAGGAGGCCGAAAGUUAAAAAAAAAGCGAAAAUCAUGAAAACACCCAAAAAUUCCUAUGAAAAUCUUUUCCACCACCCCCCUGCUUUUCCUUCCAUCUAAUCGUACGAUCCUAGAAGUUUUUCCGAAAAAUUUCCUUAUAAAAUGGAAAAAGAAAAACGAAAGAAGAAGAGGGGAAGAGUGGGAAAGAGACAAAGCGAAAGCUUCAUUCUCGUUCCCAGAACUUCGAUUCUUUUGGUCAGCGUCUCAGAUCUACGCUGACCAAAAGGAUCGAAGCUCGAAGAAAUGAUCGCUACUGCGCCGCAAGGAAUGUAUAUUUUAUCGUUGUAGGUUAUUGACCAAUAAUUGUUUAUGAUUUAUGCUACUGUCGUUAGUGUUAUAUACUGCAUAAAUUUUAAUUUCAAAUAUUUUUGUAGAAUAAUGUACAUACAAGAGAGAAUAUUAUUAUGAUUAUGAGUAUUAUUAUGCUUUUUAUUCUGUUCUUUAAUGAAAAUAACUUUUCCAGGUGAGAUCAGUUGUGCAGGCUGUGAUGAAAACCAUGAGCUAUUUGAAACACAUGUUGUCUCUUGAGGUAUAACUUGAUUUUAAUCCCUAUGUUAUACUAAGUUAAAAGUAAGAGUGACACAAAGUUUCUGAUGGCUGAUUCGCCACUUUUUAUAGAGCGAUUUUAGUAUGACCUUGAAAUGAAAACGUGCAGACCAAAACAGAAACAACAAACGAACAGAAAUUGAGCGAUUUGAUUGGUUUAUCAAUCGGAUACAAACGCGCGUGGCUUUUGGUUGGUUAAGCGAACGCUCGGGUGAAAAAAAAUUCAUGCCCGAGAACUUUCUAGAAAUCAAUCGAUACUUCCCUUUGACGUCAUACUGCAACACGAUUGGCAAACGAACAGUGCCUUCUCCGUAUAAGGGUUUUCUUUGGCGGGAAAACGAAGAGUCUAUGUUUUGAUCUUUGCAUUCAUUGGCUGAUAAAACAAAUAACAAACACUUACCGAAACCAUUUUUCAAGGUCUUACGAAAAUCGCUCUAUAAAUGGAAUAAGUAUUAGCCUGAUAAAACAGCUGACAUUUCUCGACGUCACCACUGGUUUCCCCGCUCAAUGAUGUCUGAGGAUCAGGCGCAGAAAUUUCAUACUGAUGACGUGUCACUACCCACAUCUGGGUAGUGCUUCUGAUUGGUUGAAGCAAAUUUCCCACGCGGAACGACUAAUCAUCUGUGGUUGAUCAAAUCAAUGGGUGGAUAACGCUAUCCACCGGAUAAAUCGCUACCCACUGGAUAAUGCAAUUGUUUUCCGUAAUACCUAUCCAGCGGAUAGCUAUUUAUUCAGUGGAUAGCGCUUUUCCGCUUUUGAACGACUGGGACCAGAUGCACUACCCAGAUCUUGAUACUGAUACGUCAUAAGUAUGGAAUUUCUGCGCUCGUUUGUCAGACGUCACUUCCAGGUAGAACCGACGGUGGCGUCUCGAAAUGUCGGCUGUUUUCUCUGAUGAGAAUAGUAUAGAAAUCACUUAUUCAGGAUGACCCCAGGAUGAAAUACAGCAUUGAGGUGCAUAUAGCAUUCCCGCGAUCCAAACAUCCGGAUAAAAAGAGGGCUUCAAUGGGGUGGUAGCUUUGACGGUGGACGGUUAUUUAGUAGAAAUUUAGUCCAUGUGUUAAAGUAAACAUUAACUUCUGUAUAAAUUGACAACAUUAAAGUUAACUGUUAGGUUUUGGAGGCUGCCUUGGCCUUUCAGAUAUAAAAUCUCGAAAUGUUUUCAGAUAUAAGCAAGUUGUAAGGGCUUGCAAUGUCUAGAGAGAGUGUUUUUGAGAACAUGGGAACUGGUUUUUUCCGUUAAGAGAUUCUUCAGGAGCAAGAAGUCCGUGAAGAUCAGCUGAAAUUGUGAGAUUUGAAAUACGCUGAAAUGUUUUGACGGUUGACGGUAAAAAAUAACCCUUUUUGAUUGUCGGUUGACGGUUAAAUUUUAGGCCGUUUGACGGCUGACGGUUGACCUGAUUGAGACCCUCUACAAAGAAUUCGUAACAAAUUUCUGUGUAUUCUUAUCCCGGAGUACGGUCAAUUGAAGGUAAUCUUAGUAUUACUGUUGGAUUAAUAUUGUGAGCAGUAUUAUACGAAAAAAGUAGAAUUUUAGGGCCACUUAUUUAAACGGAGUUUAGCCAGUGUUCAACAAAACUGCGUUCUAAACCAUUAUCAGUUUGCAGAACACUUUUAUGUAAACACCAUUUAUCGUGAACAGUUUCAUGAAACCAUAUAGCGUAGACUAGAAACGCAUUUGUCUUCUUAAAAUGACCCGCUAAGGAAGAGAUCUUGCGAGACCAAAGAUUGACUAAACCGCGAUCUAACUUCAGUAGAUUUCGUUUAAAUAACCGACCCUUAGAGUUUCUCACUCCCCAGUCCCCAGAACAUGAGACACUAAUUGAUUUCAGGACAGUAAAGGUUCUUAUUGGUGACGUGUUGUUGCUGUAAUUUUCUUUCUUUAGAUCAAAAUUCUCAAAGAGGAGCUCUCAUUUCACCAGCAGGUUUAUGAAUGUCAAAAUGACUAUGUCGAGUCUCUGUUGUCUGCUGUAAGGCAAGUGUUUUUAUUAUAUUUCGUUGCAUUGUCACGAGCAUAUUUCUGGUUUAGGUCAGUUCUUUGCUGAGGGCAUUACUUUAUGCCCGGAGAGGGGGGGACUCCCAUAUGAAAGGGGCGGGGAUGCUCGUCGUCUCGCUUAGGGGUUUAAAUUUAGGAUUUUGUUCUCACUUAGGGUGCUCUGUUCAAAAGGUCAUUAUAUUUAGCCGUAAAGUUCUCUUUUAGGGUUGCACGCGAAGAAAUAUAAAAAGUUAUGUAUUUUCAAUUCGUUUUAUUUACUCGAUUCAUUUAAUCAAAGUUUAAAAUGAUCUCUUUUAGGAGUCAAAAAAAGGUUUGGCCACGCCCAAAUUAGUCUCCGUAAGGGGUUUAAUUCAAAAUUCCCGACGAGCAUCCCCGCCCCUUCAUAUGGAAGUACCCCCCGGAUACUUAUGCCUUUACCUGUACACAAACCGCUCCUGUAGAGUUAUCAACAAGAUACCAAAAAAAUUUCAUCAGGCAGCAAUAACCAUAAAACCUUUUUUGGUGAUUUUUGCCAGGCCUAGAGUUUAAGAUAUUUUUCAAGUUUCUAAUCUAUGCCCAUCCUUGCCAUCCGUUGUAACAAACAACAGCAAAUACCCUAUUUCCUCGAAUUAUACUACUGCAUAAGAAAUUUCUGCGAUUUGAUUGGCUUAGAGCACUGGUAUUUCAGCUUAAUUUGAAAUAUCUACAUGUGAAAAUUACAAACCUUUUGCGGCUAGUAGUAUAAACAAAUAAUAGCAUGAUUUGUACGUGAUAUUUGGCUAGUAGUAUAAACAAAUAAUAGCAUGAUUUGUACGUGAUAUUUGGCUUAAACUUGUGGUAUUUAUGCCAAAUAUCACUACAAAUCAUGCUACUACCUAUACUAAUAGCCGGGGCGAUUAUUUCUUUUUUCGCACCAAAAGGGGGCGAUUAUUCGAGGGAGGCUAUUAUUUCAGAUAUUGUUCACUGAAAGUCGUGCCCUAAAUAUUUUGUUCUACCAUUAAAUGAAAAAAUAAUCACAUCAAAGCAACCGAACAUGGGCUUUUCAAGUCUUCCAAAUUUGGUUCCUUGAUUAAUUUUCUUUGUCAAUAUCCUCGGCGUCGUCACUGAUCAGUUUUGCUGGAUCAGACUCCCCUUCAGCCUCAUCCUCCAGGUUUACCGCUAUGGGUAUCGAUAGCGGGUUACCUGUGGUGGUGGGAGGGGAAGCGAUUAUUCGAGGAAGGCGAUUAUUUAAAAUAUUUCCGUCAAAGAGGGGCGAUUAUUCGACGGAGGCAAUUAAUCGAGGGAAGGCUAUUUUUCGAUCAAAUAGGGUAGUUUCAGUGCUUAAGUUUGGUCUUAAAUAACAAAGCUUGACCAUUAUUUUUGGAAUUCGAUUGAUGCGAAGAAAGUUUUAAAGUUUAAGCCCCUUACAUCUGAGUGCAUUUUCACCUAUUUCUUCUGUUUAGUCUCCCUCGUAGCGUUUUUGACUCGUCACGUAACGCUCAAUGCGUAACAGAAACAGCUGCGAGGGAGACUAUCUUCUUCAGGUCUUUUGUAUUGACUUAUUCUAAACUGGGCCUCACAUUCCAGAGGUUUCUAGUUCAAGCUUCCCCGUCUUCAAAAACAAUUAAUGCAUCAACCUCGCUCCCAGGCUUUUUCUUAGAAAUUGGAGAAGCCCUGGGAACGAGGUUGAAUUUACGUUUCAUUUUGUUGAGAUUUUAUUUGUGCAAGAAACAAAUGAACAUUCCUCCCCAUCGUCAGUUGUUAACUGAUGAAUUUCUCAUUUCUCGUUACAUGUGUAAUCAGAUGGUAAUGAGAAUCAAAUCAAUCUUUCGGAGUAUAAAGUUUUGAAGUUAAAAGUGAAUGCUUGUGAUCACUGAUCAAUUGAUAUUAAUUCUUCUUACAAACUCACAGUAUGCUUCCACGAUGGCGUCAUUUUACCACAACUACCAGAAUCCUUCAGUUUGUAGUUUUCUUGGUUUAUUGUUGAUUAAAUUAGUACAGGUAAUAGCAUGAUUUAUAGUGCUAUUUGGCAUAAAUACCACGAGUGAUAUUUCGAAAUUGUUAUACGUAAUUUCACUCGCCUGAAAUUUGAGACAAUUUUGAAAUAUCACAAGUGGUAUUUAUCCCAAAUAUCACGUACAAAUCAUGCUGUUAUUUGUUUAUACCACUUCCCGCAAAAGGUUUGUAAUUUCACAUGUAGGUAUUUCAAAUUAAGCUGAAAUACCACUGCUCUAAGCCAAUCAAAUUGCAGAAAUUUCUCAUGUAGUGGUAUAAGAAAGCAAAAACGAAAUGAAUUCUGGUAGUUGUAGUCAAAUACCGUCAUCGCGAAAAUGGCCGACAAGCAAACGAGUCGUGAGAAUAAAUGUUCUUCUUAUUCUUGCACUCAAUAUCUUUACCUCACCAAACAUGUUUUCUUAAUUAACAGCGAGGCCUAUGGAGUAUUUGAAGGAAACUUGAUAGAAACUCUUUGCAAGCCAUUAGAAGGUUUGUAAAAAAACAAUAUCUGUAGUGACUUUCCGAAGUUGUUUCUGACGUUCUCAUUUAUCGGCGGAAUGCCAAAGACAACCGAGAAAGACGUAAAGAUGUUACGAUUUUUAGUUCAUAUCGAGGCCACCUCUCUGUUCUAGUGAUGAAGCCGAAAACAUAUCGUGAAACUGAACUCUCAGCGUAUUAGGAUAGACUAUGCAAGGACUUUUCCUCUGAUUAGCUGGGCAGGGACGUGCACUCUCUACUGAAUGAAAUAAAGUGUCUUCAGAUUCUCUUGCUCCUGGCUAGUAUAAGCAAUAGGCAGAUUUUUCAAAGUCAAUGCAAAGUCAAAUGAGAACUCGAAAGGACGAGGAUAGGAAAUUUUGUUCGCAGCAUAUUCUCUUAACAAUGAGUCCGAAACAACGUAACGUGAAAACCAACCAUGGCCCUGUGUCCUACUGCAUGCUCGCACACGUUUUGCAUGCUUAUAGCGGAGCUCUCGCGCGCGAGAAGCGCGCGCACCGGAGCACCAUGGGUAAGAAAAUUUGCAUUUCAAGCAAAAAAAAGGAGAGUUAAACAACAACAAAGCCGAGUCUUUCCUUCCACUACAUUUUAAUUUCUACAUUGAGUAACAGAGAAAGAGCUAGAGAGAGAGAGAUAAAAAGCGAAGGUGACCAGUUUCGUUGGAAGAAAAACAUGGAAAUUUUAAUGCGGUUGUAAGAAAAUGAGAAAUGCUAGCGGCCAGGGGCCGGUUGCUCGAAGCCUGGUUAGCGCUAACCGGUGGUUAAGAGGUAUCAAAAUGUAUAGGUUUCCAUGGUAUUUAACGCUGGUUAGCACUAACCAUGCUUCGAGCAACCCGGGCCAGGAAGGUGAAAAUAAGCGGCAGUGAAGAAUAAAAGCGAACAGGAACACACAUGACAUUUCUUCCUUAAUAGGUGUAACCAGGAAGUUUCUGGAAUUUUCACGUUGUAGUCCUGCAAAACAACGGCAAAGAAAUGUACAAAAAAAGUGUGCUGCACGUGCAAAGUUGCCUUUUUGCUAAUUAGACCUAUUGUUGUUUUUUCAUCAUUCUCGUUGCCUUCGCCCCUUAGCAUAAAAUUACACGAUUUUAUAUUUUGUUCGAGUUAACUAUAAAUAUUAACGAGAGCUUCACUUUUAGCCCUGGCUAAGGGCCUGUUUACAUGGAGUGGGGGACCCCGGUCUAGUGGGGUUCGUUUCUUUUGUUUUCACGCUCUGGGGAACACAAAACAAAAGAAACUUACCCCACUAGACCGGAGUCCCCCACUCCAUGUAAACAGGGUCUAAAUCUAUACAUCAGGCGAAUCUUUGCUGACGUAAUCGUUUACAUUUUUGCUCAUUAGCAUACGAGUUGACCCAUAGGAGACGCCUCCGUAUGCAUAGAUGAAAUUCAAAAGUUGAAACAUAUUUAGUAGAGGGGAAUAUGAUUGCGCGAGUUUUUGCAGUAUUGGUAUGAUUGUCCUGUUUCGUUCGGCAUUAUGAUGAGGCAUGUGUUUUUGUUUUUUUUUUUGGCGUGUAUAUUGUUUUUUUUCUUGUUUUUUCGUUGCUAAGGCUGAUAAGCAAACAUACAAUUAAACGUUUUCAAGUCUCCUCCCAAGUUGUUACUAGAUUCUAACAAAUAUUAUAUCAAUUCUUUUGAACAGAAACUCUCACUGCUUACACAGAACUGAAGGACACAGCUUCUGAGGAAAGUUUGAAACGUUUUCUUUCAGUUUUUAAGGACAACGCCUCCCAGGUAAAUGUUCGUAAUUUGCCAUACCCCUUGAUUUAUAACUUGCCCUUUUAAGCUUGCGUUUAAUACCCGACCUCGGGAAAAUACGUCAAAAUAAAAAAAAGUGGAAAAAAAAAAUGCUAAAGUAUGUUUUUUUUUCAGUCUAUUUAAUGAAUUGAUAAGCCUGCGUAGCUGGCGGUUUUGUUUUUCGAGCGCGUAAACGGAAUCUGUGGCGAGACCGCGAGAAGAAUGGGGCAGCUCGUUCGCGCACGCUCUGCGCGACAGCUUUUUGUCCCCUCUUGCCAAGAACUUCUUAUUGAUAGCUAUUUUUCGCGCAUUCUAAAACACCCAGGUUAUCUGCUGGAUAUCCUUACAUAAGUUACUACUUAGUCGACGUUUUUUGUUCAGUUAUCAUUGUGAGAGAUCACAAGAUCAAACUCCCGUGGAAAACAAACGUCCGUUGCGAAAUGUUAGGCGUAACAGGGACUUUCUUUUCAUGUUUAAUUUCUCCCCAACUUACCAUUGGCUGCAUGGUUUUUUGCCAGGUAGGUCUAUCAUUGUAAUUGUAAUUUUGUAAUUUGUUUACCCACGAAGCACUUAGGAGUUCAUAUAUGAACUCGUUUAAACGUGUCCGUGCGUUCCAGAUCGAAUGGGAAUUUGAAAGCAGAGGGAAAACCGGAGUACGUGGAGAAAAACCUCUCGGAGCAAGGGAGAGAGAACCAAUAACAAACUCAAUCCACAUAUGGCUUCAACGCCGGGAUUUGAACCCGGGCCACAUUGGUGGGAGGCGAGUGCUCUGACCAGUGCGCCACCCUUGUUACAGCAAGAAUUAUCCCAAGUGGUCCAAUAAUUCACCAAAGCUCUUGAAAUGAGACAAUGCGUUGAUGUCAAUUAUUUAGAUUUCUCUAAGGCUUUCUAUCGAGUGUCCCACGUAAAACAUAUUAUUUAAACUAGAAUACCUUGGUGUUAAAUGUUCUUUGUUGGGGUGGUUCAGAUCGCACUUAAGACCUGGCAGAAGACAUAGGGUUGUGAUAGAUAAUGAGUCUUCCGAUUUUCUCCUGGUUACAUCUGGGGUCCCUCAAAAGUCAAUUCUGGGACCUUUACUCUUCUCAAUCUUUAUUAAUGACAUGCCUAAAGUAAUCUGACGUGAAACAUCGUUACCUCUCUUUGCCGAUGAUUCUAUUGUGCUUUCGUUUAAUCCUUGGACAGGACGAUUGUCACAACUUACAGGAUGAGUUAAAUGACUUAUUGUUACUUGUGGAAUGGAGUUCAAUGUUAAAAAGUGUAAGGUUUUGAGGGUGGCACGUGUUAGAUCCGCAGUUGAUAGGGAUUAUUUCCCUGGGGGAAUCAAGUUAGACCGUGUUGCUUUUGAGAAAGACUUAUGGAUUUUGAUAAUUAAGUUGGAAUAAGCACGUUGAUGUUAUCACUUCCAAAGCUCAAAAGAUGCUCAACCUCCUUUAUCGUACGUGUAAAGAAAUAACUGAUGCUAGAACAAAGAAAUUACUUUACGUAAUAACUUGGGUUCGAUCGCGCCUUGAAUACCCUAGCGUGGUAUGGUCGCUGCAUACUAAAAGAAACAAUACAAACUUAUGACAGGUGUAACGCAGGGUCACGAGAUUCAUUCUUGGUAAGGAUUACUCUGAGCGCGAGAGCCUUAGUAAAUUAAAUUUAUUACCAUUACAGUAUCGUAGAGAAAUUAAUGAUCGCGUAUUGUUUUUAGAGUGUUGUAUAGAUAUGAGUAAUUUAAAUAUUAUGGAAUAUGUGUCUUUUCGCACUUGUAUCAAGCCGCUAAGAAACGUUGACCAUCUGACGCUAGAUGUCCCUUUUAGUUGGACAGAAACUUUUAAAAAUUCUUUUUUUAUCCGUAUUUUUUAUCUCUCAAAAUCAGGGACUCGUCCUCCUUGUCAAUUUUUCGCAGGAACCUCAUUUCCUUUUAUGAUGAUAUGUUUAACACAAAAUUCCUGUGACUGUUAAUGUAGCUUUUAUUCUUAUUUCUCAUGAUUAUCUGUGAUAGUGAGUGCGCUCAAGGUCACAUGCCUUAACAUAUUUUUAACUGUAUUUUUAUUCUUUUUUAAAUUGUACAAUAAUUUAAAGUUAUUCUUGUAAUAGCAGAGUUAAAGUUAAAGGUAAACCGGACAAACCACAGAAUGUUUAAUGUUUUUUAAAGUAUCAGGUGUUUAUUUCGUAUACUUUCCCUAAGUUUCGUCUUCGCUGAACAUAUGAAAUAUAGGUGGUGGUCUAUCAAACUCGGUUAUCGAUCUCUACAAUCGCGAAGAUAAAAUUAAUAGUCAGAACUACUAAUAUCUCUUCCUUAUCUGGUAUUCGCCCUUUCGUCCACACUAUACAGCUAAAAACCUUGUUCGUUUACCCAGAUUUUUCCCCAACAUUCGCUGAAACGUCCAUUAUCAAAGGUCUCUUAUCCUAGAAAAGUAGGAGAAAAUUUGAGUUGACUGGAUGUGUAUGUGUAAUCAAAUAGUAACGAGUGAAAUUACAACAGAGAAUAAUUUCACCCGCGUUUUGUCCAAAUUCUAAUAAUUUCCCGACAUUUCGCGCCAAAGUUAAGGAGUUAUUUGUCACCCAUGAUAUUAAAGAUAUUAAGUGUUUGAUGAACCCUCCCAAAUGAUCCAUCACUGUUAAGGCAAUACGGCAGUUAGACAAAUGAUCACUUCCGGGUACGUUGUGUGUAGGUCCAGUCCACUGUGGGGAAAAAGGGUCUUUCCCCACAGAGGAUUAGAAAUUUUGAACUCACAGUCACACUGCAAAAUGAAAAAGGUGAAUAAGAAAUUUAACUAGUGACUUGAAAACUGACACAAAAUUUUAAGUAAAUUUAUAUUUGCUCUCCAAAUAGCCAUGGUUUCCUUUGUGUGUUUGCUUGAAAUGCUUUGGAGUCUAUGAAUGCGUGGCUUCAAACUAUUGCCUUCUAGAACAUAUGCAAAAACAUUCAGCACUACUUAUAAUAUGAAUAUGAUUUUCAGAAACUGCUGCAUAAUAUAUAUAUAUAUACAUAUAUUUCUGAUUUAGCAGCAUGUGAAAGUCAUUUCUGUAACGCCGUCGCCGUAACCUUCUUUUGAAGAACCCAGGCUCAUGCCUUUGGCUCAUUUUGUGUGAUCACUGCCUGGGAACAUUUGAUGUUGAAACGAAAGAAAUCUAGACUACAAAACAGCUGAACUGGAUCAUUAUACGUUUCUGGUAAACCGCCCACCUACCCCUCUCCUGAGCCAAUAUUUUGCCCUAAGUGAGAAGUCAGUGUUAAUGUUGGCUUAGGGGAGGGGUAGGUGGACAGUUUCCCAGGAACAUAUAUUAAUGAUCUGGGACGAGUUGUUCAAAGCUGGGUUAAGAUAACCCAGGGUUAGUUCGAAAUUUGAAUUCAGAUAUGAAAGCUUAAAGCUUGGCUACGCUAAAAAGAAUAGAGAAAAUUGUCCGAGAAAAUGCUUUUGAUGAAAAGAAAAAGAGACCCGGGUUAAAAUUUAACCCUGGGUUUGCGCUGAUCAGCCUUCGAACAACUGGGCCCUGAACUGUCUGGAGCAAGGUCUGAGGUGAGGGUGAAAACGGAGAGUGAGACUGGGGACAGACGCGAAAUCGUGUUGCAUUUUCAUUUUUCACGCUGUUUAUUGAUUCAAUCAACGCAUACAAUCGAACUGUUGUGCAUGUAUACUACUGACAACCUAAACCUGUACCUAUUGAAAGUUUGUCUAAGUGCGGCAAAAUCAAAUGGAAAUCAACUGUACUGUUCUUGCCAAAGAUUGGAUAUAUCGUUGUUGAAAUCAACCAGAAUCAGGCAUUAGACUCUCGUCUUGCUUGUCAUGUACAUUUUCCCUUUGUAAACUGAAGCAUAGAUUUUGAUAUCUUUGAUGUCAAUCGGCUCCACCGCUAGUGGGUUCUGCUCCAGGAUUGUAAAAUUGGCGAGUUUUCCUCCUUCAAUGGUGCCCAUGAUGUCGUCAGUGCCCAAGAUUAUGGCGGCGUUCUUGGUGAUGGCCAGCAUGCCUUGAUAGGGUGUCACCCUGAGAUCUUCUCUGUACGUGUUCCCGUCUGCUGUAACGCGGGUGAUGGCACUCCAGGCCAGCAGGAGAGGCGCCGACGGUGCCAUAGUGAAGUCGGAGUGGAAGGCUGUAACCACGCCCCUGUCAAAGAGCCAUUUCAUUGGAACCAUGGCUUGAGCCCUUGCAGUUCCGAGACCAUCUUCGCUAUACUUGUCAGCCAGUGUGUAGAAGUAGUAAGGGGCUGCAGACACCAAUAAGCCCAACUGAGCGAUUUUAUCAGCUUGGUCUUCAGUAAAGUAACCAGCAUGCUCCACUGUGACUCGAUGGUUUUCUCUCGGGGACUCCUUGUUGAGGGUUUCCACGACCUCCAGCAGCUUCUGCAUGCCAAGGUCUCCAUUGGUGUGUACAUGGAUCUGAAAGCCAUUUCUCCAGUAAACCCGCAUGGUUUCCUCCAGUUCUUCUGGCUGCAUGAUCCACUGACCAUCGUGUCCGUCUAUGUAUCCGUCUUUCAUCUGCAUCAGCUGUGAAUAGAACGCUCCGUCACAAAGACAUUUGACAUGGUUGUUGUAGAGAACCAGUUGAUCGUCACUUAAUUUCUUUGCGAGAUCUUGGAUGUGCUCUAUAGCCUUCUGGUUGUCUCCGCCAUACAUCUUAGAGUAAUUUCGAGCACUGGGAACCAAGUAGGUAGAGAAAUGUGAGAUCUUCUUGUUCUUCAGAAUCUCCUCGGCCUUUUGUUGCUCCAGUUCUUCAUUUACCAAAGGAAACUCUAGAUCAGCAACGGCGGUGAGCCCGUUGUGGUGAACAAUCUGCAUAACCCAAAUAAACAGACAAAUCAUUUAACUUUGCACUUACGGUAUCAGCGGCCAUCUUAGGGGACCCCCCGGGGGAUUUGCACAUUUGCAUUUUUUGGAGAAAAAUUGUUGGCUCUACACAUGUAGAUCGUGCACCGGCAUAAAAAUGUAAACGUUUUCGUCCAUGUUUAAGGCUUCAUGUCAAAAAAGGACACUCUGUUCAAGACACUAAAUAGUGUAAUCGUAUCCCCUGUUUAAGACUCUAGACUCUUAAACCCAUACCCGGUUCAGCGGCACAUACCUGCUUAGGCCAUGCAAGGAAAUGCCACCCCCUCUUCCCACCCGGACAAAAAAAGUAACAAGAUCAACAGUUCAAAAAGAAGCAAUUUUUAACACAUUUAGAAUAUGUUUUAAAAAACUCUUUGUUUAACUAGUAACAUACAGUAUUUUGAUAUGUUACUUUUCUUUUUAAUGACGUAUUAUUUUUUUCUCUUGUAUUUAUAGAACAUUCAAAUUCUAUUUUCUUUUGACUUGAUAACGACGUCCGACAACGUCGAAACGUCACGUUUUUUAAAAUUUCUUUCAAUGUUUUUAAGCAAAAAAUUUUUUAUAUCAAAAUGAACAGUAUUGUGGACUCUAUGACUCUGAGCGAGUAUUCUGACAUCGAAGUUAAGAUUUGAAAGGGCGACAUUGAUCUCUGGACGGCUUACGCGUAUCAAUCGGAUUGACUGAACACUCUGCUAAUUAUUAACUUUCUUGAUAUUUGCUAGGAAUCGAACCACAUUCCUGUUUCAGCUCUCAUUUCCUGGAAGGUGUUCGCGGCACGUUUACGGUACGGUAACUCCUCCAAUCACAGCUUUGCUUUUAUCAGUGCCCCAUGUGUGAUUUAUUGUCGCGUGAAAACAAGUGAUCAACUAGAGUCGAGUCCGGUUAAAAAUUUAUGAGAUUAGCAGCCGCAGCAGAAAGAAAGUCGAACAAAUGUGAUCCACAACAAGGAUGUGUUUAUAAAGCUUGGAGAGGGGAGGGGGGAGGUACUUUGGUUAAUUUUUUGGUUAAUUUGCUGUGUAUGUGCUGCAAGCGGCUCGGCGCCCCUACCCCAUUAUAGUCUGUUCUGUGGCCAAUUAUAGACCCCGUCUUGGUCACUUUUGGGCAAAUAUAAUUUUCGCGAUCCCUAUUUUAGUUUUGCAUCUACCUUAUUUCCAAUUGAUUGACACACUUUUAAAUUGAGUGAAGAACACUUUACUUUAUACCUAAUAAUAAACAACAACUUUCGGACCUUUUUAACCGAGAAUCUUCCCAUUUUGAAUCCCUACUUAAUAGAAUCUUUUUACCCCCAAAAUCCGAAAAUGUGCGACCCCAUUUUAGUCAAUCCAGGCGUGAAAAUGCGACCCCAUCCACCGACACAUCCCCAUUAGCCUCUUAUAAGGAAGUAUUCCCCCCCCCCAUUAUAAAGUUGCCUGGUAUAGCACAGGUGUCCCAAGCUCACUUUCCGAGUGUGGGAUGUAAAUUUACUUUCUCACAAGAGAGUCGGUGUCACGUUACAGGCGACGGGUCAGACGUUUUAUGAGAAUAAAAUACUCCCGGAAAUAGACUGUUCACAGUCCUCUAUUUUUCCGUAAGAUCGUCGAGAUCGAGCGCUCUGCGUUAGGGCUAGCCUGCGAACCGCAGACGCAUUUCCGGUCGUCGCUUCUCUCCCUCCGAAAAAUAGCUAUUUUUCGGAGGGAGAGAAGCGACGACCGGAAAUGCGUCUGCGGUUCGCAGGCUACGUUAGGGCCUGCCAUCUUGCAUGAGUGUCAAAACUACUUAGGGGGCGGGGAGCGGUUUGGGAGGAAGCGAGAAAAACCUAGAGCUAUAAUCCCCGACGCCCGCCCCCUCGGUACAUUUGAAAAUCAAGAUAGCCGUGGUGGUAAGACGCGGUAUAUCUAAACGAACUCACGAAAAAAUAGGAGACUGUGAACACACCUAGAGCUAUAAUCCCCGACGCUCGCCCCCUCGGUACAUUUGCAAAUCAAGAUAGCCGUGGCGGUAAGACGCGGUAUAUCUAAACUAUCUCACGAAAACAUAGGGGACUGUGAACAGUCUAUCCCGGAAAAUACUGAGGUCUGCGAACGCUAAAUAUCAUUAUACUCUACCUUUUCGUCUUCAAAAAAUAAAGGAGACUUACCUUUGAUGUAUUCCUGUGUUUUUUCGGUGCGAAUUAAUCGAUUUAGUCGUUUUUUAUUGUGUGACCCCUGUAAAACUUGAAGGGAGUUACACGGGGGAACACCAUAACAGCAAAAAGAACGACUAAAUCGAUGAAUUCACACCAAAAAUCACAGGAAUACAUCAAUGGUAACUCUCCCUGAUUCAUUUUAUAGACGAAAAGGUAAAAUAUAAUGAUAUUUAGCGUUCGCAGACCUCGGUAUAUUAAUUCUCAUACAACGUCUCAACGGUCGCCUGUAACGCGACACCGACUCUCUUGUGUGAAAGUAAGGGUGUGUUUCCUUAAUUUGACGUGUUACCACAAGUCCAGCUUUUCUGGCCAGUGGGUGGGGAAUUGUUUGAAGCGGUCCUGUCCCGGGGGUAUGGGCUGGGGCAAAUCAAAAAUAACUUUUGUAAUCGGCUCCUGUCUCACGUGGUUUGCACGAAGCUUUGGAACUUAAGACUAUGUAUUUUUAAGAGAAAAUGCAGGAAUUUUUCUUAGAGUGGUUGAAGAGGAAUGAGCUCUCAAAAUUAAAGUCCGUAUUUGGAGGUAUGUUUUAAAAUUUCAAGCGAAUAUGCUAGCGAAUGGUGCGUACUCAGGGGCGGAUCUGGGGGGUGCACCCCUCCCCUGAGAUUACCUGUGGUUUCCUAAUACAACUGGUAUUCUGCAAAAAAAAAAACUAUGUGGUUUAUUGGUGUUGAAGUAGAGCAAGAGACGAGUACACCCGCUCCUAAAAAAAAAAUCCUGGAUCCGCCCCUGGUACUUGAAUGCCUUUGUUUUGCAAAAGAAACAAAGAAAUAUUUCUUCAUUCUAGUUUAAAACUAAGACAACUUUAAAAGAUGGAUGAAAGUGGGUACAAGGCUAUAUAUAGUAAACAGAGAUUCGGUCAAGUGUUCUUAUAAAGUGUUCUUUCAAAUGUAUUGUUCACGUUGUAACGCCGUAAAUGUAUUAUUCUUCUGUCAAUAGACUCUAGAAAAAGUUCAGAAAACGUCUCGUUUUGCUAUUGUAUUGAUAUACCCUCAAAAAACUUAUAUGAAGUCGAUCAGGAGAUAGGGAGUGGCGAAUUGUCUCCUUCUGUGUGCCCUGGGAUGGUGUGACCACCAGGAAAAAACAUGCAAAUCCCUGGGGUAUGCCCCGGGGGGGCAUGGUAACAGGUCAAAUUAGGUCAGUUCCAUGGAUAUACUAAGGGUGCGUUUCUUUACUAAAAUCCAAAUCCGUAUUUUUAAUCCAAAAACGGAUAGUUCGUUUCUUUACUUAAAUCCAACAACUGAUUAUUGAUCCAAAUGAUCCACACCGGAUACUUUGGAUACGUGAUCCGCAGACGACGAUCGAAUAGUAUAUAUCCUAUGAUGCAUUUUUUCCAGAAGCAUCACGCAAUAUCGCAGUUAUGGCAGAUUCCAUCGUUUUCUCUUCGGCUUUUUUCUCACUCGAUUUCCAAUAAAAGUAAGAAAAUUACAUUAUCUCGUUAUUUGACAUGAUUUCUCCGAUUUGCAAUGGUUUAAGAGCGAAGUUUCCACAUAGAAACAUUUAUUUUCAUGGUUUCAAUUAGUCUUCCCAUCACAAAGAGACCCACAACAAGGUCAUGAAUAUUCAAGAUUUUUUGGAAUAUAUGUUGAAAUCUUCCAAAUGUAGACCUCACGCCAGCAAAAUGACCGCACAUUAAAUCAAAAUUACCAAAUACCGCUUGAAAAAAAGCUCAAUACCGCAAUACCGUAAAUCCCCAUGUCCCUUUCUUACAGUAUAUUGAAAUUAAAUUAUAGUCGCAUUAUAGUCCUUCUAUUUUAAACAGGGGCACCCAAGUACUGUUUUCUGUAAAAUAUCUUUUCGGAGAAGAAAGUAUUGCGUAGAAUUUUCUUUUGCUUGGGAGCGGCUUAAAAAUUUCUAGAUGAACUUUCCAUUCAUGUACAAUUCGUAAUAAAUUCCCUACGAUUUUCUGAAGUUUAAUUUUUCAUACUUUACUACCCAGGUUACACAAUUUUCCCAGAAAAAGGAAACCUAUAAUUUUCGGAUUCUAAAAUGUGAUGGAGAGAGGAAUCAGAAAAAUUCUUACUUUCGUAAAACGUUAAAUUACACCUCAAAUUUUCGGAAAAUUAAUACUGAAGCCCCUUUAAUUUCGAAAAGGAUGACCGAACAGAUAAAAAUUUUGUAGCGCCGCUUAGAACGCACUUCUAGAGAUCUAAAAGUGCUCUGGAUAACCUAAAAAGUGUUUUCAACGUAUUUUUGAGCUAUUUUGAAAAAAUAGCUCAUAUGUCAGUGGUGUGAGCGUAUGUAUCUUUGUGGCUUUGUAUCUUUGUAUCUUUGUAACUUUGUAUGUUCGGAUGUUUGUUGCAAGAGCCAAUAAGGUUGAAGGUACUAUUAGUUGAUGCUUAGGAACCAAUGAGAUCUUAGCAUCUACUUAAACAUGACAUUGGUAAAGGUCGAACAAGGGCACUUUGAGACCGCCAUCUUUAUUCUUCACAAUUUUUUCGCCUUUUAUUACGGCUAGAGGUGUUUGGAAGAAUUACAUUAAAUAUCUUCAUUAUUCAAACGCUGUGUACAAUGAUGCAGCUGUUUAAGGGUUCAUAUUUUAGUAUGGAUGCUGCUUCAAGGCAUUUCUAACCUAAUUCGGCUAUCAGUACAACGCACGUCAGUAUGAGUUCUGUUUCACCUGCUACAACUGGGUAGAGUAUAAAAGAUCAUAUAUUUUCAAAGCUCUUCCAAUGAAGCAAUAAUUGAUAUUUAGAUAUAGACUUUAAUUCGAAAGUAUGCGCCCUAUAAAAUGUGGUUUUAGAAGUUUAAAAAGGCAGCUUAUUUUUGUGAAAGCUGUACCGAGUAUUGUUAAUCCUGUAAACAAGCUUUAAAAAUAUUAUUCUCUCGCUUACAAAGUUCAACAGACCUUUUUCGUUCUGGCAAAACAAAAAAAAAAGAAUAAUAAGUGAACAACAUGAUACAUCCUUCCUGCAUACUAAGUAUUAUAGUUUCUGAAACGUAUUUUAUUUAGUAAAGACGCGUAACUUAAGUAAAAACAGUAGCGUUAGGGAAUAAAAUUGGAAGAAGCUAGUUGACACAAUAAUUAGAUACUGUUGUAUUGAGUGGAGUAACAUGAUACAAGUAGAAAUAUAUUUCGGCAGUUUGAUAAUUUUCUUGGAAGUUAAUAAAUGUUAGGCUAUCAACCUUGACGUUGCAUGAAACAUAAUUUAAUUGCAGAUGUUGUAAUAAAGCCGAGGUGAUUUCUGAAAAUCGCUUGAGAAAAUUUUGUAGUGAAACAAUUUGCCUUUUUUUUUACGCACGAAUUGUAAAAGGGCCAAAGAUCAACAUCUUCACAUGUAAAUUGUGUGCAUGAGUUAUUUUUAUAAUUCUGUUUACUAGAUUACUGUGUGAUAACUCGAAUUCCCUCACGUACGAACCACGAAAGGGGGCAAAGUCCAACACUUUCACGUGCCAGCUGUGUGACUGUCCAUCUCAUGCAGAUUGGCUUUUCACAAUAAUAAUAGUAACUUGGACGAAUGAAGACCUGUUUCGUUUAGUAACCAAUGCCCUAAAAAACGCUCUUGCCUUUGAGAAGCAAUAGCUUUUAAAACAUGAAGAAAUAAGUUGUCGGAGUUAAAGAUUGUCUCACAAAUGUUAAUAAAUGUUAGGUUAUCAACCUUGACGUUGCAUGAAACAUAAUUUAAUUGCAGAUGUUGUAAUGAAGCCGAGGUGAUUUCUUAAAAUCUUUUGAGAAACUUUUGUAGUAAACAAUUUGCCUUUUUUUUACGUACGAAUUGUAAAAGGGCCAAAGACCAACAUCUUCACGUGCAAAUUGUGUGCAAGAGUUAUUUUUAUAAUUCUGUUUACUAGAUUACUGUGUGAUAACUCGAAUUCCCUCACGUACAAACCACGAAAGGGGGUAAAGUCCAACACUUUCACGUGCCAGCUGUGUGACUGUACAUCUCAUGCAGAUUGGCUUUUCACAAUGAUAAAUAGUAACUUGGACGUAUGAAGACCUAUUUCGUUUUGUAACCAAUGCCUUAAAAAAGGCUCUUGUCUUUUAAGAAGCAAUAGCUUUUAAAACAUGAAAUAAGUUGUCGGAGUUAAAGACUGUUUCACUGAGUAGAAUCGCACGUGAAAACCUCGUGAAUUAUGAUGAUGCAACUAUCUACCACAAUCAUAAAAAUCCUUGUAUUUCGUAACUACUCAGUACCAGUAUUCGAUGAGUCACAUUUUGGCUUAAGAAACUUCGAGGAAACCGUAGAGUUUUCCUUCUAAUCAACGUUUGGUGAGUAUAAAUUUAUUUUACUUUAACAAUUUGUUCAACUUGCACCAGAUGUAACAGGGAAAGACAGAGGAAAGUGAAUAUAUAGGUUGAGGAUCGACUCAGCUGAGCGUUUCGCGUUUUCAUUUAUGUAGCGCAAUACCCAAUUUCGCGCAAAAACCAAAUCUACAUUUAGGAUGAAAAAGGUAGAUUCAUCAUUCUUGGUAAGGUUACACCGAAGUAUUCAAAAUAGCUCAUGCACGUUUAACGUGCCUAUGUUUAAGGAAACCGUCGUUGGGGGCCCCUGUUUUAAAGCACAACAAAGGCGAAAAGAAAUAUGCAUCGUUAAACAACAGCCAUAAUAAUUGCCACAGAAAUUACGCGAACGGGGCGGAUAUUUCUUCAAAUAGAGUUUUUCAGAUUUAGGGGAAAAUGCACUUGUAUGGAACACAUUUUCCCGCUCAGUCAAAAUAUUCACUAAGUCAAAACUAACUCUUUUAGGUUAAAUCUACGAGCGCAUUUCACAAGUGAGAGCCCACAUAAAUUGAAUAAGUUGUCAGAAAACAGAAUGCACAAAUCAUAUGUGAAAAUGUAAAACCACUUGAUCUCACGUUUCUAGUCUACUAUGCAUGAUUUAAGUUUAUUUUCUCGCUGGCUUUGAAAAAUAUUUUUUCAUGAAACCUAUUUCACCAGGAGGUGCUCUUGAGAAACCGCCUCCACUAUAGAGGGGUAUACUCUGCCAUACAUGUGCUGUGAUAUUUUGAGUACUUUAUUGAUAAAAUUCUACUAUCACAGUAUUUUCCAAUGCUGCUACCUGUUGAUGUUCGUGACAAAUUAUUAUCAAAGUAACGUAAUUGCCCUAUGAUGUAAUUUUGAUUCCUAAAAAUAACUUUUGCAAUAGUGUAUGUACUCGUAUGGUCAUGUGAAUAAAGCUCGUUGUUGUUGCUACCCUUGGUAGCUUUGUUUGCUUUGAAGCAGAUUUUUCAUACAAAAAAUAAGUUUGCAUUCCACCUUGUGUAUUCGCAGGUAUUCGUGAUGCUUUAAACUCAAACUGCUUUUAAACAAUGAAUAACUACUGCAAUUGUAUUGUGCAAAUUGAAUCAAACACCACUUUGCUUCUUAUUACCUAAAAAGGCGGAAAAGGUCUUUCCAAUUCAGUUUAAUCGGAAAACUCUAACACACAUGAUCCCCGAGAUCGAUCGAUCGUUCUUUGCUUCCUAGUAAAGGACGCGUAUCAGGAAUGUCAUUAAUUAUUUUGUGCCUUCGACAAUUUUUAUGCGUCGCAGGACGCAGAGGUAACAAAAUCACCGCGAGACGCAUCUUUACUUCAGGGGCACCCAACGGGAAUAUAGUUUAAAACCACUGAAACAUACAUAGCAUUGCUGAACGUAUUUUAGUAUUUAAGCGGUAGAUAUAGGCAUAUUUUUAUCCCCUAAAAAUUUUUCAUCUGUUUGGAUUUCCUAGCUGAAAGUCUAGUGAUCCGAAAAUUAGAGGGAUCAAAACUUACCUUUUCGAAAAUUUCGGUCAGAAAAAAGGCUCCCGAAAAUUCUAGGUGACCUUUUAGUAAAAAUCCGUUAAAAAUGGGCAACUAUACCAUUUUUUAGAUGUUCGAAAAUCCUAGGAGAGGCAGGCAAGCAAGAAAUUUUACAACAAAUGUUCCGAAAAUUCUAGAUCUCAAAUCGUCUUCCGAACACAUAUUUUCCAAAAAUUGUCGUUGGGUGCCCCUGUUACUUGGCUUGUCUAAAGCAGUACCCUUGAGCUAACCGUAAAGAAUACAAUGAAAGGCGAUGCGCGAUACGGAUACCGUCGAUAUUGUGGGUCGUGUCUAUGGAAAUUAAAGAAAAAUAAUCCGUUUUUGGAUACAUUGUUUCAUUUCUUAAUGAAAGAUCCUUAUAAUCCGAAUUUUUUAUCUGAUCUCGGAUUUUAGUAACGAAACGCGCCCUAACAUUACAUUCCACACUCGUAACGUAACGUAACGUGAGCUUGAAACGCCUGUGGUUUGAUAAUUUACGGUAUUCUAAUUGUGAAAAUCUGUAGUCAAUAAAAUAUAAUUUUAUACCUGCACUAAAUCAUCGUAGCCAGACAUCAUCAUUGGCAUAACAAUUGUGGAGAAGUACUCGGUGGCCAUUAGAGCAUCCAAACCCAUCUCAAAGAAGUGACCGAGAUCCCAUUCCACUUGCGGGUUAUUCUUCAGUUCCUCCUGCUUGUCAGCGUCCAGCUGGUUCCGGGCGAAGGUGUUGAGGUACACUUCAUGAAAGCUUCGGUGCCACACCACGACUGGUGCGUUCUUGGCGGUGUUGUUGAUUCCGUCUAUGAUCUCUCUGCUCAUAUCGCCAUGAAAAUACUGGUGAUAUCCCCAAGUUACUAGAGGCUGGUCGGGCUUGGCUUUUGCAUUAAUCAGAUCGUUGAGGCGACUUCGGUAUUCCUCUUGGGUCCUUACGCCUUUGUACAAACCACUUGGAAGAGUCCAGUCGAACGGGGUGAUGAAAUCCAUUCUCAAAAUCAGGGCCGCCAUGGAAGGAUGAAGAUGAGGGUCAAUGUGUCCUGGCAUCAUGGUUCGGCCUUCGAGGUCGAGCUUGGCCGCGUCAGGGAAUAAAGCUUCGGCGUUUGCUAGGCUUCCAGUGAAGGCUAUUUUACCGUCUUUUUCCACGACAGCUUCGACAUACUGCGCCGUCUCUCCAACCAUAGUGAGAAUACGACCGCCGAAGUAAAGAGUCAUUUUGAGUUCAAGCGAAGAACGUUAGCUGAUUGCAGACUGGACGUACACACAAGCGUUGUGCAAGUUUUGUGCAACCCCUAACUUGCGACCGCAGUUUUUAAACUACUUGCAUCAGCUCCGCCCCCCAAUCCGCCCACAUAUAUACAGCCAAUCACCCUGCUCCACUUAUUAAUGACCCUGGCAUUUUCUGCUGGAUAUAAUUACAUUGUUUUAACUGCUGUAAAUGCAUUGUCAUUUAAAUAGGAAUCAAAAAUAGAACAAAAAUAUCACACAAAUAGAACGUUUUCCCGACUUUACAAAGUCAUAAAAUUCAUCUGUUCGGCCCUUUGGGCCCUUUCACAGACCCAAAUGACAGAUUUCUCUACUCUUUCAUAUACUACAACGAGUAAAAUCCCUACCCUUUCAUACACCUGAAGCCUGAAAAAGGUACCCAUUUCGGGCGGAGCCUCCCCGUAUAGGCCGUUAUAGGGAGUACACCCCCCCCCCCGCCCCCUUGAAAUGGCGAAAAUUGUAUUAGAAGCUGCUGCAAUUAAAAACAUACUGUGUGGAAUCAGUUUUGAUUACUCUGUCUUUCAAGUGUAGUUAAUGAGACCUUGUUUUGGCAACGAUAAGAAUAAGUCUUUUUAAAAUACGUUAAAUACUCAAAUAUUCUCGAAGUGUUCAGUGUUAAGAGGGGCGGGCUGCUGUCAGCAAGUUCGGGUGUCUCUUGAUUUUCCGGAAACCAUGGUUUUGUUCGCUUUUGUGUCGUGCUGUGAGGCAAGUUCACGGCUCGUCAAGUUUGCGCUUUUAUUUUAUAUUUGAUUUAAACUUUUACUUCGUCUAUGUUUUCCUUUUUGAUUAAAUUGGUUUCUGUUGGUCAGUUGCCCGGUCAGUUGCUCCAACUUGAUUUGCGUGCUUCUGUAGGCAACCAUGCACUGUCUGUAACAAAGCACCAAAUGCUUAGAUGGGGCUUCAAACAAUUAUUCUAUUAUUUUUUGUUAUUGGUUUUAAAAUAACUUUUGGAGUUUAAUGACUUAUCAGCUGUCACUAACAGGUAAACCUUACAUGAGCUAGAUUAUGUAAUGCUUUUCAGGGAAUGAAGAACAUUUCUCACUGUGUGAGAAUCAGUUUCGAUUACUCUGUCUUUCAAGUGUUUGUUUGAGUGGCAGCGAUAAGAAAUAUAGGAUAAUGAGCUUCGAGGCCUUCUUAAAAAUAAUGACCGAGGGUGCAGCGCCAGGGCGUUAUUCUAUUUAAUGUAUCUUUCCAUUGCUUUAGAACCAGCAGGUCAUUAUUGUGGCCACUGGAGCAGUAAGCUAUUAUUCGUAAUAAUGACCUCCUGUUCCACUGUAGUGAGCCGCCCUUCCAUUUAUUGAAAAUAAUAACCCGUUCAAAACAAUGGAAAGGUACUCAAACUUACUCGAAGUGUCCAUUGUUCAGAGGGGCGGGCUGCUGUCAGCAAGUUCGGGUCAGCAAGUUCGGGUGUCUCUUGUUGUUCGCUUUUGUGUCGUGUUGUGGGCCAAGUUCACGGCUUGUCAACUUCUUAACGAUUAAAGUGUUUAAGUUUUAUUUUAUUUUUGAUUUAAACUUUUACUUCGUCUAUUUUUUCCUAUUUGGUUUAAUUCUGGUUUCUGUUGAUCAGUUGCCUGGUCAGUUGGUCCAACUUGGUUUGCAUGCUAGUAAGUCUACGUGCUUCCAUGCACUGUCUGUAACAAAGUGCCAAAUGCUGAGAUGGGGCUUCAAACAAUUAUUAUUUUUGUUAUUGGUUAAUAACUUUUGAUAUUAUUUGACCGUUUAUAGCUGGAGUUAAACGACUCAUCAGCUGUCACCAACACGUAAACUUCACAUGAGCUUUUCUGUUCUUUUCAAAGACUUCGCAGGUUCAAGAGCUUUUUCUUUCAAACAAUAUUUCUUCACCUCUCGGCGGGGGUCUCUUGACUGCUUCGCUUUGCAAGAAAAUUAAAUUUUAAACAUACAGCUAUUUCCAGAAUAGCCUGCGAACAGCUGACCUAUUCCCGAUCGUCGCUCUGUUACCUUUCGGGAUUGUCACGUGCACAUUUUUUCCGACAAGCUUUCUCGAAAUAGCCGUAUAAGUUUUACAAAAACUAACUACUGUCAAAUACGGCGCUUUUGCCCUGAGGAAGUUAGGGUCCUUUCGGUAUGAUGAAGUCAACUUGUUAGCGAGGACUAGAGAACACGUUAGGGGCGGAUAAAAUGCGUGAGAGUUAUUGGCUAUUGAGUGCUUAUUUCCUUCCUCACUACUAUCAACUUUUCGCACCUACUUAAGAGAAGAUCAAAUCCUAUCACAAUUACCUCCCUUUCCUGAGGAAGUACUUCAGCUAAUUGUCUUAAUUAAGUCUACCAGUUCCGGCCUUUAAGCAGCUACAAGGAUUGUCAAAUUCGCCAUGAUUAGCCUUUUACACCUGGCUAAUGUCAAAAAUUCACAAAUAUUUUUUUUUGUAAAUAUUACUGUGCAAAAGUUCUGUCCAAGAGGUUUCAUUUAAAUGGUAAUGGUACGUGCAAACGAACGCGACAACUCCCAACAUUGUUGGCGUAGCUAUACUUUGACCGGUUUCAAACUUAACUGGUUAACUCCCAACAACACGCAACAACGUGCAACAGGGUGUGCAAACGGACGCAAAAUGUAUCAUCCAACAAUGUUGGGCGUUGCUUUAAAAACAAAAUUUUUUGUCUUUUAUCUGCCUUUGAUUGAUUUCAUUUGGUGAUUCACUAAUUUUGGUUUUUAAGACAAUUUUUUCGUGGGUGCUAAUUUACUCAUUCACAUGCAGGUCACGUUCCUUAUUUUUCUGGAGGGAUCUCUUGAACGUUGAAGAGGUCAUGUAGCAGUUUCGGAGAAGGAAAGAUGAUUUAUUAGGUUUAUAAACAACCAUAGUCGGUGAGUCCCGGCUUUUAGGGGUUUUAGGGAUGAUUAAAAAUUCGUGGCGGAUUUAGGGAUAACAGGUAUCAUAAUGAUAGGGAUAAGGGUUAACUGCCCCGAUCCCCCCCCCCCCUAAAAAAAAACGUACAUACCGUAAUCACCUAAUAAACGCCUACUUCCAAUAAACGCCCCCUCUACGCUGUUAAAAUUGCAUUAGACGCCCUGCUCUAAUAAGUGCCCCCUCUCUCUGUAUCAGUCGUCUUUCUCAAUGUCAAGUUUCUAGUGGCUAUUCGCACGGGACCCGUACAUCGACUUGUAUUUGUUAUUCAUACGGGACUCUGACUAAACUGAUUAAGGUUAAGCAUAAGGGUUAAGCUACGAAAAUAGUGAUUAGGGCUAAACACUGACCAUAUUCUGAUUAGGGUUACCGUAAAUCCUGACUUAUUUAUUUAUUUCAAGCCCAUUUAAGGGGACCUCAAUAGAGACGAGGGGGCUUAUUUGAGACGAGGGGGGGCUCAUUUAAGUAAUACAGUCUAUCAUUUAUUGGUGAAGAAUAAUUAGGGGAGGGGAGGGGGGCUUAUUAACUUUCUCCCCCUGAAAAGGGAGAGUUAUUAGAGGGAGGGGGCUUAUUUGAGAGGGGGGCUUAAUAGAGGAUUUACGGUAAGCACUCGGCUAGCUUCUAUUGAAGAUUACGGUUGUUGCUAUAUAAUUUAAAAUUAAACCCACUUCACCAGCGUAUACUUCGUUGUAUAGUGGUUAAGACUACGAACUGUAGAUUCUACGCCCCGGUGUCGAUUCUCAAUCUAGCCACACUGAUUUUUUUUUCCUUUAAAAGUUGCCACUGAAUUUUUUUCCUUUAACAUUGAACAGUGAUUUAAAGGACUUACAGGUCCUUACACUUUCAUGGAAAUUUGCUGACCAGAAAUUUCACUUCAAUUUCAAGAAGAGACUUAAUCCCGUAUGAAUAGCAAGUACACGUCAGUUUACGGGUCCCGUACGAAUAUUCAAAUAUUUAAACAUAUUUGAAUACAUGUUUGCUCCAAGAGCUCUUAAGAGCUCAUCGUGAGGGCUUACACCUACACUAAACGUACAACAUACAUAUGACAUCACGAGUAAAUAAUGCCUUUAACAUAAAAAAUAAAAGCGUUUGGACUUGUGUAGCGUAAGAAAACACCACACCCCUGACCGAGGAUCCUGCGGGUGAUCGAUGUUGGGAUUUGAAAGAGCGAUAUGGAUCACUAGACGGCCUACACGUAUCAAUUGAUGGAGUCACGAUAUUCCACUGUUUUCAAGCUAUCUUAAUAUUUUGCCGAAAUCGUAUUAAGUAUCCGGUGCUUAAUUCUCUUUCCGGGAAGAUUAAGUUUGCUUUUAUUUUGCGCAAUGCUGCUGUGAAUUUUUCUGUUGGUCAGUUUCUCCAACAACAACAAUAACAACAGCAAUAAUCUUUAUUUUUCAUCCUCCCAAAUUAUUCACUAAAGAACACGGGCCCGCAGGUAGCUAGUGCUUUGCAUUGUGCUCUGUCAAGGCCAAAUAAUUAUUGUAAUCUUUUAAAAAUCCUGGUAAUUUGGUUAAAAAGCUCUUUAUAGUUGAUUCAUCAGCAUGGGCUUCUGUCAUCAGGCCUACAUGGUUUCCGGCCGCACGGAAUUGAGAGCAAUAGUUAUCUUUCUUCACCUCGCUCUGCAAGUGCUUCUAAAACUAAAAAGUACCUUUUAAAGAAUAGCACGAUAGGCAAUCGGCUUCUGUUUUCAGAAUUAGCAAACACUGAAUUUACUUGUUCCGAAAAUUGAAACUGGUGUCUCCUUCUUCCUGAUAGUAAUUUAUUUUUGAAAUUCCAAAACAAUUUCACAGCUGAAUUUUGAGCGACUUUUAGUUACGGACUUCUGCUCCAACGAUUUUUCUGAAAUUCCUCUGGCAUAUUUAUUAUAUCAAUUAAAGCCAAUACCAGAAAUUUCAGUAAAAAAUAUCAGCAAAAUUUUUUACUAGACGCAAUUUUCUUUGAACAUUAGGGUCCUUUCAAGCGCUAAUUUCUCAAGAAAUAUUUACCAUCAAUGAAAUCGGAAUAUUUCGCAUUAUUGCCGAAUGAUAUUUGUUGUUCUUUGCAAAGUUUCGCAGCCAUCGCGUUAAAAUCGAAAAAGUUAUGACGGAAAAUUUGUCCCAGCUAAAAGCUCUUGUAUUAAUUACGGAGCCACCUUAAGUUGAUUAAGUUUAUAAGUUAAGUUAAGUUGAUUGAUUUAAAAGUUUUACAAAAGCGGCUAAGCCUUGCCUAGAACCAGGCCUGGCCUAGAACGGCGCGUUUGAAGGAGAGACCCGGGGGUAGUCCCUUAUAUAAGCCAUAAAGGUAUGUUUCUGCGCCGUUUGAUCUGAAUGACGGGUAUAGACUUUCCCCAUUUUGGUAUGGUUUUCGAGGGAACUACUUUAUCGUUUCAAUUCCCUCUGAAUUAGAAAGGAAGAGAAAUAUGCGAAUUCGAAAUCUUUUCUGUUGGCGUUCAAAUGUAAACCUAGGAGUACCCCCCGGGGGGGAGCAGAGAGAAAAGAGUCUUUACGUUUCCGGUAUGCCAAAGCCUAACUUGAUAGCGAGGCCAAGAGAACACACGGAGGAAUGAAGUGAUUAGUCUACGCCAGGAGUGUCUUACUAUCAAAAGACCUCGAAUAAAGUUUAAUCGCUACCUUUUGCGUGUACCAACUUAGAAGAAUCUCAAAUCCAUCCUUUCUGAUGAUGCAGUGGUCCGAGCCGACCAGCUCCGCCCUCCAAUUCGCCCCGUUGGGCUUUACGUGGGCGGUUGUCGGCAGCCAUAAAGCUUGUUAACUCCGCCCUUUCACCCCUGAUAGAGGCCAAAGUUAAUCAAAUGGCAAGCAUUUCAAUCAAUGAAACUGUGCAACACAUCUGCCGAAGAGGUUUCAUUUGAAUGGUAACUCCUUCGGAUUUCGUUGGCAGAUUUAAAAGUUAAUGACAAAUCAUUGAAACGUAUUUGUUUUGUUAUCUGUUUUAAAGUUUUAAUUUCCUUGUGAUUGAUUUCAUUUGGGUGUUCACUAAUUAGCUCUCGAAAAGAACUUGAGGGUCUAAGUUCUGUUAUUUAGUAACUGUCUGUUGCCCGGGGAGGUUACUCGACCAAUAUUUGGGUACGGGUGUGUCGCUGUGGGUUUGAUACCCUGACCCUGUUUAGGUCUAAAGAAACUUUAAAUACAUAUCCUGUUUACGACAACACCCUCAAUUUGUUUACCCUAUUCAGGACAAAGGAUGCACGCCGUCUUGUUUCAAAGUCAUUUAUUGACAAUUGCAACAGAGCAAAUUCACGUUAUAGUCAUCGCUUUGGUAUACGAAAGUCAUUCAGGAAAUCAAAUCGAUCGUGCAGAAAUACCCUCAAGAACAGACUCACACGAAAUUAUAUGCCCUGUGUAGGACAGAGCGAAAUUAUAUACCCUGUUUAUGACAGAGCUGAGAGGUCAAAAAUCAUACCUUGUUCAGCGGCACAUCCUUUAUAGGCCAAAUAAGGAAGUAUCCCCUUGGGCUUGUUGACUGAUUCACAAGAAGCAGGUCACGUUCCUUAUGUUUACGAAGAGAUCUCUUUUUUAUCUUUUCUUCUGUUUUCGAAGAUAUCUGUUUUUUCGUUCAAGGUAGCUUACGAGCAAGCUCUCUAUUUGGGGCAGUCGCGAGAAGUCACACGAGAGCAGAACGCGAAACUGAUGACGCGAGUACGUGGGGCGGCUGGCUCGCUUCGUUCGCCUUAAAUGGAGAGCUUGCUAGCAGGCUAUAUGAUCAAGGGAUCAUAUUCACCAGUUUUCUAAAAUAAAAGAUGAUGAAAGAAUGAAAGAUGGUAAAUUUUGCUGAUUGCUGAUCCUUGUAUGCAUGACGCUUGUCAAACAUGAACCUAGUAACUAUAUGGCCCCGCUGUCCAUGAGUUCUCCGUAGCUCAAGUGGAUAGAGCGCCCGCCCGGUGUUCGGGAGGUCAUAGGUUCGAAUCAGGGGCUCCUGGUUCGAAUUCUGUCGGAAACUCAGACUUUUUUUCUUUGUCUCAUGCUCGUGACAUGCUGAUUAAUUCAUUUUUCACAUAAAAGAUGAUAUUUUAGGUCUAUAUAUUGUUGAGUUCCUGUCAGUGGUUUUGAAUCUGACUUGACUUUCAUGGCUCAAUUCCCUGGGAGGUAACCCUGGGAAUUCUUGUGGGAGCUUGCCGCAAGGUUAUAGGCCUAUAUAGGACUCGUUAAGACUUUUGUUCUUGGGCCAUCGUAGCUUGAUAAGAAAUAGAACACAAAGAGCGAUGAUAAACAUAUUCAACUUACCCAUUCUUAUAAACUUGACGUUCCGUAUGAGUUGAGUCAACAUACGAGACGUCAAGUUUAUAAAAAUGAGUAAGUUGAAUGUGUUUAUCACCAUUGUCUGUGUUCUGUUUCUUACCUGACCAAUAUUUGGGUAUAGGUGAGCUGCUGAGGACUUGAAACCCUGACCCUGCUUUGGACAAAAGAAUCCAAAUAGAUAUACCCUGUUUGUGAGAGACUCGCCAAAAAAAAGCCUUAGCCUGUCGCCCCCAAUUGUCAAGUGAAUUUCAACUAUCUUCUUGUUACACUUCUUUGAAUACUCAGUUUAAAGCCUCAAAGGAUGUUGGCAACAUCAAUACCGGUAUGCUGUAGCAAACCUUUUAAGUUCUAAAGUGUUGACAUUGUUUCUUGUAUCUUAGUUAUCUGAUGCCGUGGAGUCCCUGAAGACACAUAAGCAAGAGGAUCAUGAAGGUAAUUUAACCCGUGGGAGUCUGGCUUGGGGAAUGUUACUUUGAAGUAACCCCAAGUGGCCGUAAUUUUUCCAAAGUCCCUGUGAUAACUGUGCAUAAACGUAUUUAAUUUGCUGUGUGUACAUUCAAGGUCGAGGUUUUAUUAGUUUUUAGAGCCGUUCUAUAGAACUAUUAGUCAACGAAACCAAAAGGACUGGGUCUUUAUGGGCUCAUAUUACAUUCCCUCUUCCGCACAACAGCCACCAAGGAAGCCUUAUUCAAUAAUACCAUAAUACUGUUUGUUUCCAUCCGAAAUUUUUCAUGUAUCAAGAUCGGGAUACAUUUGAUUUUAGUCAAGGUCAUGUGACCAAGAAUCAACCAAUGGCAGUCCCUGUUUAGUUGUGUGAAAGUCUAAGAGGGAUGUAACAAUAUGAUUUAUGAAUUGACAAAAGGCAAAUUUCCUGGAGAACAUCGCGUGGUCUGAAUUGUGAAAACAAAACGUAAAAUUUAUAAAGGUCUGUCAGUUGAUUUUAAAUUAUUAAUAAUUGUUACCUAUUGUUUUUUCUUUUGAAGGUGUGAAGGCUCUUUCAGAGUUUCACACUCAUUUUGUCGACUCACUUCAAUCAAUAACUCGCAAGUGUGUGGCCAAGAGAGACACGCUCAUGAAAAAGCUGCUUGAGGCUAAGGACGCUGGGAUAAACAAAACUACUGCUUCGACGACAGACAACACGUCUUCAAAUUCACCUAAACACGGACAAAGUGGAGUGUCGUAAACGAAAACCCAUGUAAUAACUCUGGCCAAUCACAACACGAGCUCACAAUCAAGUGAACCAAUCAUACUUGGAGGCAUGUAGCCGACCUCAAGCGCGGGUCAACUCGUGUCAGCAGAUUUGAUGUUUCUUUUGAUUGGCUGAGAAACUCGCGCGAGUUUUGUUCAGCCAAUCACAACGCAGAAGCAAUGUAAUUACGAACAACAGGCUGAUUUAGAAAACGCGAUACGGCAGCUACUUCCAACAGAAAGCUUGUCCUUAUAGUGUUGCGUUUCUAUUUAGAUUCACGACUAGAAUGCUCUCUCCUCCUCAAGAACCUUAAGCUGUAGCACGAUAGGUUUCACAGGACGCAUUUUGACUUUCCAGAUCAUCUUUUCACUUGGUCCCGGGUUAAAAAGGCCCUUUUUGAGCAUUUGGUAAACUUUUGUUAAGAAAUGGUUAACGCGCAGCGUACAACCAUCGAGGUAUGGAAGCACGUGGAAGGUUUGCGAAGUUUUGCUCGAGGCAACAGGAGCUACCGAAAAGGAGCAGAAAAAAAACCGAAGGGGGAGGUUAUAGGCGCUCUCUGUUGUAGGUAAAAUCUGGUUAAACCAGAAUUUCGUUUGUCUUCUAUGGUAAUGAUGUUAUUAGGGCAGGGAAAAAAAAAAUUUCGAAUCAAACUAGGUUGAAUACUGAAUUAAAGUGAAAACGAAUUUUACCUACAACAUCCCCUUUUUUCCAUCUCUUUUGAUCCCUUUUCACUCCGCUAUCGAUCUCGCCCC